AGUGAAUCCAAUAUCGGGGCUGGAGUCAACCAUCUAUUCUUCAUUGUAUUGAUUUUUGUUACCAUUCAGCACAGGUUCCAUUUGUGAAGUUGUUCUCCACAGAAGAGCUAGUUGGCUCGCUAACUAAUGUUGCCGGUUAGAGUUUGGAAAGCCGUUUGGCAUCUGUUUUCACGUUGUCCAGGACUGCGCUUCCGCCAUAUUGAAGCGGUUCACUAGCAGCAAGUUGUGACUGACUGGCCAGGACUGAACUGAGAAGAGAUCGGACUAGACAGACUCUAGAUAGAGUUGGGGGGGCUGCUAGCGCGCUGGUGACGCAGGAAAAACACCCAAGAGCUGACAAAAAUUACAAGGAACCAGAUUAUUCUAAAUGACAGUUGAACUUCAUAAGAAAUAGCAAGAUAUAGGGCACAUUUAUGUAAUAAACAACGACACACUCGUCAAGGCUGGAGUAGCUCGUGAAUAGAGGAGAAGUCCGAUCAAAUUCCAGGUAAGUGGUUAUAGCAACUAGCUUGCACUGUUAACAUUUGCGUCAGCUGGUGGAUGCAGGUAUGGCAGCUGAUUUGGUAACUAACGUUAGCUAGCUCUAACGUUAUUUAUUUUGUUAGAAAUGUAUUGGACUGAAAUACGUUGAUACGCGUCGUCAAUCAUUAAAUAAUUUAACUUGGAUUGGGAAUGUUAGCUAGCUAGGUACUAGUUCUGCCAGAAUAGAUUAGGUAGCUAACGCUAGCUAAUGUAGUUAGCUAACGUUACUGUACGUUAGUUAAGUUUGCCAAGUUACUGUCUGACUCACCCACUGACAGAGGGGGGAGCAGGUCAAUGUGGAGUUGGCUAGCUAAACUAAUAGUUAGUUAGUUAGCUAGCUCGUGAACAUUAACGUUUUUGAAAGCCGGGUCGAUAUCAGCCAACUAGUAAUUUUAGCUUGCUAGCUAACUAGUUGACGUUUAAAUUAGCUGUCGAGGUCUUUAGCUAAGUAACGUAAUGAAAGGCGGUUCCCCACCCCUGAACCCGAUGUCUGAGUUGUUGUUUUAAUAGGGGUUCAAUCCAGAAAUGUUGCGCCGUGACAUAGUUAGUUAAACGUAUCUACAGUAAACUAGUCAAUAUUGGCUAGAUGAACUGUAAGGUUAGCUAGCACCACAAUAAAAUAUCUGACUAGUAUGGACGUGGUUGCGCGGCCUGCUCCUUAACUACAGUUAGCUAGCUAACGUUAGCGCAUUGUCUGCAGAAAUGCAAAUGUUUCAAAACGACGAAUUCGUGGUAUGUGUCUCUAAAUGUUGCCAGAUAACUAGCAACCUACUACAACUACCCUAACGAACUUGUAUCAACGGUUACAUGAGCAGAUCAGUCAAAGGCCUGGAAAACAGCGCUUGGAAACUAGGCCUUCAAGUGACGGAUCGCACUGCGAAAUCAAGCUUAAAACGGUUGUUGUUAGCUAGCUAUUUUUCAAAUUGAGAUGGCUAGCUGUUUUUACAAAAGUCGAUUGUCUUGAUAUUUCGAAGUGUAAUGAAAUGCCAUUUCUGAUUUUGUUAUACGAUCUUUCUUUCCUUGAUGAUGAAUGCAAGCAGAUCACACAGCCAACCUAACGUCACGUUAGCGAAGUACAACUGUAGCUAGCUAUCUAGUUAAGUUGACAGAUACACCCGUGUUGGAUGUCUUUUAUUUAGCUAGCGAAGAUGGAGCUGCAUAAUCAUGGACCUGUUUGGUGGACUGUAAUAUUAUAUUGAUUUAUUUUUCAUAACUUGUAAACGAAUGCGUAAUCUAUUACCUAUCAAUUACUUGCUAACAACAUCCUUGCAUAAUGCUAACUAACGGUAGUCAGUGACUGUUUUCAUAGUGAUCUUAUCAGAAUGAUGGAAGAAAUAUAAAUAGCUAGAUCAAUGGCAUAUAUAUAGUUGUCACCUCCAAUGUCGUCAUGGACAUAGCUUAUUUCUGAGUCUGAUUUAGGACUCGACUCUCAGGUUUGGCCAAUACUGUUUUGUGGCCCCUGUCAUUAGGGAUACAGCUAUAGUUAAAGGCCCAUUUCACAUGACAUAGCCAGCCAGUGAUGUUUAAAGGGCUAGCUAGCCCGACAGGCCGCAACAAUAUUUAUGUGUUAUUAGCUAGUUGUCCUGUUAGACUGAAGGAUGUUGAACAGAGGAUGACCUCCCAUGUCUCUCAAUGCCAUUCAGUAUGGAUUCAUUUUCAAUUCUCAGUUACUGAUGAGAAUGAAUGAUCACUGACUGACUGGUGUUUUCUUUGUGCAGUAUGCUGUUGCUUAAUCAGCAGUGGCUAAAUGCAUUCAUCACUUAUGGGAAUCCAACUGUAGCCUACUUAAUAGUGUGGUUUUGAGCUGGGCUCUCUAGGGAUUGUCUUGCAGUAGAAGCAUUUUAAUGGCGUGUUUGUGAUGCCAGUGGCCACCUGCUAAGGACAGGAAAUGUAUGUUUCAGUACCUCAAUUUGUUUCCUUACUGAAUGGUCCACUAGCAGAUGGAUACAAAUGUGAGCAUAGUGCUGCAGAUAAUUUAGACCUACUACUACCACACUCGGGCAUCCCCUGAAGAUGACAUAUCGGCAGAAUCACUAUUGUUUUUUUUUUAGGGUUGCGCCUAAUCUCUGUCUGAUCAGAUUGUGUUUUGCAGGGCUUGAGUCUGGAUUUAGUUUUCUGUUGAAUCAUCAUGUUACUGAUGUCCUCUCUGGAAUGAUAACACUGUUCUCAAUCUUUUUUUUUGUUUGAACCAGUAUCUCAUUAUAGCUACCUAACAUCAAAGAAUACAGCAGCCAGGUGUUGGUCAGAGAACACGCACGGACGCAAGCACACAGCCUACCAGACAGCACAGCUGCUGUGGUUUCUUUAAUGACAAACUUAGUCACAGUCAGUCCAUUGCCAGACCCAACCAUUUAAAUAUGUCGCUGAAUACAUCAAGGCCUAUGAAGGAAAUAUGAUGUGUAGGGAAUAUAUGAUCAAACCCUCUUGUUCCAAACUGGGGUGGAUUGGAUUUCCAGUCAUAUUGUCUAUCUCUGCCAGGCAAGACUGGUGUCGUCCCUACAGCCAACUGACUGCAGCCACAUAUGUGUUCAGGAGGAUGCAGCAUACUGAACUUUGCAGAUAGAAAUGCCAUGAAUAGAUCAUCAGACACAAUUCUCUACUCGUCAUGUCAGAGAGAGGCAUGUCUAUCUAUUGUACUCAAUAUAUUUAUAUCGGAGUGUUGUUCCAGACUGAACGCAGCCCAGGCUUUCAGGUGGGUGGAGAGAGUAAAUAAUACUCAUCCUUAUGGCUCAUGGCCUUAUGUGUCUUCUGGAGCUGCGGCUGGCCUUUGUUGGCUCAUACAAGCUCAGUGUGCAUGGUGUGGUUAUAAACCAGAUUGUACCUUCGAGCUGGAGGGAGAAUAUAAAUUAUGGUGUUGACUUUCUCAUAGACUUUAUAUGAAGUUGAGGCUUUGUGUUUCUGUAGGCUAGAUAUUGAAACUAUAUAUUUUGAUAAGAAAGAUGCUGCUGAUUUGGCAUUAAUUUUCAAGGAAGGUUAUUUUAAAUUGGGAAGUGGUUGAGCAGGUUUCCCAAAGACUGAGAGGGGAAAAAAGCAUACAUUUGUAUUUUCGCUGGUCUGGAACAGAAUCGUAAAGGAGAGUGAAAGCGAAAGGGAUGAGAAAUAUCUCUCCUGCUUCCUGGCCAAACGAUCCCAUGGUUACUUCAGGAAAUCCCCUCUUGUCUGAAACUGAGAAAGUUGUGUUGUCUUUGCUUUAUGGUGUUCAAAUACUAAAACACUGUGUGCCUCCACAACCUCUGUACAUGUCAAGAAUACGACUCAACUCUAAAUGGUGUAUGAUUCAUUUCCAAUUCCAGCAUAUGUGGUUUGUAGAAUAAUUGACAAGUUUCCAUCUGGUCAGGUGUUUAUCGUAGUAGGAAAAGCGAGCAGCAAGUACAGUAUGUCACAUUUCCAUCGUCACAUGAAAUCUUCAGUCUGCUCCCAAUUUUACCUAACAGUUUUCAUGAUAUCAGCUUCACCUGCUAUCAGCGUCAUGUGAUAGCACGGGGCGGCAGGUAGCUUAGUGGUUAAGAGCAUUGUGCCAGUAACCGAAAGGUCGCUGGUUCUAAUCCCCGAGCAGACUAGGUGAAAAAUCUGUCGAUGUGCCCAUGAGCAAGGCACUUAACCCUAAUUGCUCCUGUAAGUCGCUUUGGAUAAGAGCGUCUGCUAAAUGACUAAAAAUGUAAAUAUCAGCGUCAAGUGCUUAGGCCUAUUCUUUUGGUUUUCCUUCUGAUCUCAAUCGGAUGAAUAUUAGAUUGGGGAUUCAUCACUGAACAAUGGCUUUUGUUUCGUUUUGCUUGUUGUUGCCCAAUCUGAAACGGUAGGAGAGAUCUACAGUGGGGAAAAAAGUAUUUAGUCAGCCACCAAUUGUUUAAGUUCUCCCACUUAAAAAGAUGAGAGAGGCCUGUAAUUUUCAUCAUAGGUACACGUCAACUAUGACAGACAAAAUGAGAUUUCUUUUCUCCAGAAAAUCACAUUGUAGGAUUUUUUAUGAAUUUAUUUGCAAAUUAUGGUGGAAAAUAAGUAUUUGGUCACCUACAAACAAGCAAGAUUUCUGGCUCUCACAGACCUGUAACUUCUUCUUUAAGAGGCUCCUCUGUCCUCCACUUGUUACCUGUAUUAAUGGCACCUGUUUGAACUUACCUAUUUAAGUGGGAGAACUUGCACAAUUGGUGGCUGACUAAAUACUUUUUUCCCCCACUGUAUCUAGAUGGCCAAUGAUAUGGGAUACAUGAAUCACAUCCAUCCCAUAUGAUUUCCAUCCUUAACCCUUUUAGUCUUAUAAGCAAAUUACAAACUGUAAGAGUUUCCGUCUUGUGGCUUUUGGCCACUGUAAGCUGUUGAUUCCUAGAUCAGUGAUCAGUUUUCAUAACUGUGACCUUAAUUGCCUACCGUCUGUAAGCCGUUAGUGUCUUAACGACCGUUCCACAGGUGCAUGUUCAUUAAUUGUUUAUGGUUCAUUGAACAAGCAUGGGAAACAGUGUUUAAACCCUUUACAAUGAAGAUCUGUGAAGUUAUUUGGAUUUUUAAAUAACUUCACAGAUCUUCAUUUUAUAUAUAUAUAUAUAUAUAUAUAUAUACACACACCAGUCAAAAGUUGGGACACACCUACUCAUUCAAGGGUUUUUCUUUAUUUUUACUAUUUUCUACAUUGUAGAAUAAUAGUGAAGACAUCAAAACUAUGAAAUAACAUAUGGAAUCAUGUAGUAGCCAAAAAAGUGUUAAACAAAUCAAAAUAUAUUUUAUAUUUGAGAUUCUUCAAAGUAGCCACCCUUUGCCUUGAUGACAGCUUUGCACGCUCUUGGCAUUCUCUCAACCAGCUUCAUCUGGAAUGCUUUUCCAACAGUCUUGAAGGAGUUCCCACAUGCUGAGCACUUGUUGGCUGCUUUUCCUUCACUCUGCGGUCCGACUCAUCCCAAACCAUCUCAAUUGGGUUGAGGUCGGGUUAUCGUGGAGGCCAGGUCAUCUGAUGCAGCACUCCAUCACUCUCCUUCUUGGUCAAAUAGCCGUUACACAGCCUGGAGGUGUGUUUUGGGUCAUUGUCCUGUUGAAAAACAAAUGAUAGUCCCACUAAGCCCAAACCAGAUGGGAUGGCGUAUCACUGCAGAAUGCUGUGGUAGCCAUGCUGGUUAAGUGGGCCUUGAAUUAUAAAUAAAUCACAGACAGUGUCACCAGCAAAGCACCCCCACACCAUCACACCCCCUCCUCCAUGCUUCACGGUGGGAACCACAGAUUCGGAGAUCAUCCGUUCACCAACUCUGCGUCUCACAAAGACACGGCGGUUGGAACCAAAAAUCUCAAAUUUGGACUCCUCAGACCCAAGGACAAAUGUCUACCGGUCUAAUGUCCAUUGCUUGUGUUUCUUGGCCCAAGCAAGUCUCUUCUUAUUAUUGGUAUCCUUUAGAAGUGGUUUCUUUGCAGCAAUUUGACCAUGAAGGCCUGAUUCACGCAGUCUCCUCUGAACAGUUGAUGUUGAGAUGUGUCUGUUACUUGAACUCUGUGAAGUAUUUAUUUGGGCUGCAAUUUCAGAGGCUGGUAACUCUAAUGAACUUAUCCUCUGCAGCAGAGGUAACUCUGGGUCUUCCAUUCCUGUGGCGGUCCUCAUGAGAACCAGUUUCAUCAUAGCGCCUGAUGUUUUUUUGAGGCUGCACUUGAAGAAACUUGAAAAGUUCUUGACAUUUUCUAUAUUGGCUGACCUUCAUGUCUUAAAGUAAUGACAGACUGUCGUUUCCCUUAGCUUAUUUGAGCUGUUCUUGACAUAAUAUGGACUUGGUCUUUUAACAAAUAGGGCUAUCUUCUGUAUACCACCCCUACCUUGUCACAACACAACUGAUUGGCUCAAACGCAUUAAAUUAACUUUUAACAAGGCACACCUGUUAAUUGAAAUGCAUUCCAGGUGACUACCUUAGGAAGCUGGUUGAGAGAAUGCCAAGAGUUUGCAAAGCUGUCAUCAAGGCAAAGGGUGGCUACUUUGAAGAAUCUCAAAUAUAAACUAUAUUUGGAUUUGUUUAACACUUUUUUUGGUUACUACAUGAUUCCAUAUGUGUUAUUUCAUAGUUUUGAUGUCUUCACUAUUAUUCUACAAAGUAGAAAAUAGUAAAAAUAAAGAAAAACCCUGGAAUGAGUAGGUGUGUCCAAACUAUUCUAUUUUCUCCCCAAUUUCGUGAUAUCCAAUUGGUAGUUAGUCUUGUCCCAUCGCUGCAACUCCCGUACGGACUCGAGAGGUGAAGGUCGAGAGCCAUGCGUCCUCCGAAACACGACCCUGGGGACCAAAGUUAGCGUGCAUGGGCCCGGCCCGCCACAAGGAGUCGCUAUAGUGCGAUAGGACAUGGGCAUCCCGGCCAAACCUUCCCCUAACCUGGACCAAUUGUGCGCCGCCUCAUGGGUCUCCCGGUCGCGGCCGGCUUUGACGCAGCCUGGGAUCGAACCCGGGUCUGUAGUGAUGCCUCUAGCACUGCGAUGCGAUGCAGUGCCUUAGACCGCUGCCCACUCGGGAGGCCGUCAUGAGACAAUUGUUUCAAUGAGGAAAAUGUAGAGUUGAAGUUUGGUUCACUUUUUGAAUUGAAAUGGAAUUGACCCUAACCCUGGCAUUUCCUUAUACAAUAGAGGGCAUUUCCACUACUAGCCUUCAUUGUAUCUAUGCCGUACUAGCAGUCUGAGGUCGUCUAGGCCUCUUCCUCUCCAGUGUUAAUGUCAUGCUGUUUUAACUGGAGACGCUGCUGCCUACUCUCUCUAACUUUACUACAGCCCUUGGAAAGUGCUCGUUGGCAGCCUCACUGCUGAAUGAGAUAUUCUUUCCAUCUGUUGAGGAUUGAUAUCUUAAUAUAUUUUCCACUUUCUUACCGCUGUAUGUUGUUAGUAGCAAUAUCAUUGUAGUACAUUUAUUUAUUUUUAUUUUCACCUCUUGUCACAGACUUAAAAACAACCAAACAUUUGAUUGAUUCCAAUGCCUGCAUGAGUAGCUAUGGCUUGGUGUUAUACUAGAUUACACCGGCCCAGAAUGCUAGUGUAUGUCUUUCCUAUGACGUCUCGCAUAAGUGGUGCCAACAAGUGCUGAGUUUGCAGCCAAGUCAUAACGUGUUUCACUGAUGGUCAUGCUGACGACCUGGCCAGCCCAUGCGACGCUCUCAGCUGAUGUGAUGGGAAAUAAAAGACCCAGACUUGGCAGCAGCCAGCCAGAGAUGGUGUUUGCCUAACCGGUUCCUCUGCCUACCGUUACUCCUUAUCACGUCAGCGCUCGAAUGCUUAUCAGUCUUACCUCCGCACAUUGCCUCUACAAUACUGCUUUUUAACUGCACACACGGAACGCAAGGAAGUGUCUGGGGAAAAUACAAAAGAUUGUUCCCUUCCAUUGUUAAACGUCCCAAAGUGUCUUGACUGACAGUGUUUGUUAAGAAUUGAAGGCUUAUCUUUACCCCUACAACGUUAUAUAAUGUAAAUGCAUUAGUUCUAUUUCAAUGUACAGUGUCUACUUUAUUAUCAGACAGAGAGCCAGGCUCACCUGACAGAUGGUCACUGACAACACCAAGCAACCUAUUUGAUAACUCAUGAUGACUAUAAAAAGAAAUGUACCGUAUAUAACAAACACAGAACGUAGAAGUGAUCCAUUGAUUGAAUUUUCCUGCGUUAAAAUCUCUCCUAUCGCGUUCAUUCGUUUUUGUGAGUGGGGACCACCAUGCAGUAUUUUGAUGGUCUAUGACAACUAACCCAAUGAUACACCCUAACCCUGUCCUCUCCUCUCUCUUGUCCAGGUUAUGCAAUGGUCUCAGCGGCCUGUCCAGAUCUCCAGGUGGUUCUGUCCCGCUGCUCUCCUCCCUCUGCUCUGCCUCUGAGGCUGCUGAGGCGCCUCCUGUGAUUUCCCUCCUGGCCCAGUGCUCCCUAAGAGGCCAAGAUCUGCCCCGUGACGAGCAUGACAGCCACCACGCGUGGCUCUCCGGUGGGGGGCAACGACAGCCAGUCGGGCCAGGCGCCCGACGCCCAGGGGCAGAGUCCGAGCCAGAGCCAGCCCCCGCUGCCACAGAACCAGGUCAGGAACCUGUCUGUCUGGUCCGUCCGUCUGUCCCACCCUCUCAUCUCUGUCCUUCACCUCAACCUCAUGUGUUCACCAUGUUCUCUCUUCUAGUCCUCUUUCCUUUUUCUGUCUUUCUCUCUCCCCUCAUCCAGGGCUCCAGAAAAACAUUUUCCCCUGGUGGCACUGGUGCCACUAACUUUUUCACUUGGUUGCACCAGCCCAUGAUUUGUUAGCACACCCAAUUAUUUUUCUUUUCGCGGUGUCACACAAUAGAAUACAUUUGAGUCAUCUUAUACAGUAAUUCACAAUGCUUUAUUAAGAAGUGUAAUAGACUACCAAGAUGCUAUUCAAUAAAUAUGUUGUUACAUCUAACAUAUCCAAGCUGGAAUGCAUGAAUCAAAAUAUUUUUUAUAUGCAACCUAAUCAAGUGGUUGACAGGCUAUUUUUGUUAUAUUUUACUGUCAAAAUAGUGCUCCAGAAUUUCCAUAUACAAUGGGGAGAACAAGUAUUUGAUACACUGCCGAUUUUGCAGGUUUUCCUACUUACAAAGCAUGUAGAGGUCUGUAAUUUUUAUCAUAGGUACACUUCAACUGUGAGAGACGGAAUCUAAAACAAAAAUCCAGAAAAUCACAUUGUAUGAUUUUAAGUAAUUAAUUUGCAUUUUAUUGCAUGACAUAAGUAUUUGAUACAUCAGAAAAGCAGAACUUAAUAAUUGGUACAGAAACCUUUGUUUGCAAUUACAGAGAUCAUACGUUUCCUGUACGUCUUGACCAGGUUUGCGCACACUGCAGCAGGGAUUUUGGCCCACUCCUCCAUACAGACCUUCUCCAGAUCCUUCAGGUUUCGGGGCUGUCGCGGGGCAAUACAGACUUUCAGCUCCCUCCAAAGAUUUUCUAUUGGGUUCAGGUCUGGAGACUGGCUAGGCCACUCCAGGGCCUUGAGAUGCUUCUUACGGAGCCACUCCUUAGUUGCCCUGGCUGUGUGUUUCGGGUCGUUGUCAUGCUGGAAGACCCAGCCACGACCCAUCUUCAAUGCUCUUACUGAGGGAAGGAGGUUGUUGGCCAAGAUCUCGCAAUACAUUGCCCCAUCCAUCCUCCCCUCAAUACGGUGCAGUCGUCCUGUCCCCUUUGCAGAAAAGCAUCCCCAAAGAAUGAUGUUUCCACCUCCAUGCUUCACGGUUGGGAUGGUGUUCUUGGGGUUGUACUCAUCCUUCUUCUUCCUCCAAACACGGCGAGUGGAGUUUAGACCAAAAAGCUCUAUUUUUGUCUCAUCAGACCACAUGACCUUCUCCCAUUCCUCCUCUGGAUCAUCCAGAUGGUCAUUGGCAAACUUCAGACGGGCCUGGACAUGCGCUGGCUUGAGCAGGGGGACCUUGUGUGCGCUGCAGGAUUUUAAUCCAUGACGGCGUAGUGUGUUACUAAUGGUUUUCUUUGUGACUGUUGUCCCAGCUCUCUUCAGGUCAUUGACCAGGUCCUGCUCUGUAGUUCUGGGCUGAUCCCUCACCUUCCUCAUGAUCAUUGAUGCCCCACGAGGUGAGAUCUUGCAUGGAGCCCCAGACCGAGGGUGAUUGACCAUCAUCUUGAACUUCUUCCAUUUUCUAAUAAUUGCGCCAACAGUUGUUGCCUUCUCACCAAGCUGCUUGCCUAUUGUCCUGUAGCCCAUCCCAGUCUUAUGCAGGUCUACAAUUCUAUCCCUGAUGUCCUUACACAGCUCUCUGGUCUUGGCCAUUGUGGAGAGGUUGGAGUCUGUUUGAUUGAGUGUGUGGACAGGUGUCUUUUAUACAGGUAACGAGUUCAAACAGGUGCAGUUAAUACAGGUAAUGAGUGGAGAACAGGAGGGCUUCUUAAAGAAAAACUAACAGGUCUGUGAGAGCUGGAAUUCUUACUGGUUGGUAGGUGAUCAAAUACUUAUGUCAUGCAAUAAAAUGCAAAUUAAUUACUUAAAAAUCAUACAAUGUGAUUUUCUGGAUUUUUGUUUUAGAUUCCGUCUCUCACAGUUGAAGUGUACCUAUGAUAAAAAUUACAGACCUCUACAUGCUUUGUAAGUAGGAAAACCUGCAAAAUCGGCAGUGUAUCAAAUACUUGUUCUCCCCACUGUACAGUGGGGGAACAAAAUAUUUAGUCAGCCACCAAUUGUGCAAGUUCUCCCACUUAAAAAGAUGAGAGAGGCCUGUAAUUUUCAUCAUAGGUACAAGUCAACUAUAACAGACAAAAUGAUAAUUUUUUUUCCAGAAAAUCACAUUGGAGGAUUUUUAAUGAAUUUAUUUGCAAAUUAUGGUGGAAAAUAAGUAUUUGGUCAAUAACAAAAGUUUCUCAAUACUUUGUUAUAUACCCUUUGUUGGCAAUGACACAGGUCAAACGUUUUCUGUAAGUCUUCACAAGGUUUUCACACACUGUUGCUGGUAUUUUGGCCCAUUCCUCCAUGCAGAUCUCCUCUAGAGCAGUGAUGUUUUGGGGCUGUCGCUGGGCAACACAGACUUUCAACUCCCUCCAAAGAUUUUCUAUGGGGUUGAGAUCUGGAGACUGGCUAGGCCACUCCAGGACCUUGAAAUGCUUCUUACGAAGCCACUCCUUCGUUGCCUGGGCGGUGUGUUUGGGAUCAUUGUCAUGCUGAAAGACCCAGCCACGUUUCAUCUUCAAUGCCCUUGCUGAUGGUUUUCACUCAAAAUCUCACAAUACAUGGCCCCAUUCAUUCUUUCCUUUACACGGAUCAGAAAUCCUGGUCACUUUGCAGAAAAACAGCCCCAAAGCAUGAUGUUUCCACCCCCAUGCUUCACAGUAGGUAUGGUGUUCUUUGGAUGCAACUCAGCAUUCUUUGUCCUCCAAACACGACGAGUUGAGUUUUUACCAAAAAGUUCUAUUUUGGUUUCAUCUGACCAUAUGACAUUCUCCCAAUCCUCUUCUGGAUCAUCCAAAUGCACUCUAGCAAACUUCAGACGGGCCUGGACAUGUACUGGCUUAAGCAGGGGGACACGUCUGGCACUGCAGGAUUUGAGUCCCUGGCGGCGUAGUGUGUUACUGAUGGUAGGCUUUGUUACUUUGGUCCCAGCUCUCUGCAGGUCAUUCACUAGGUCCCCCCGUGUGGUUCUGGGAUUUUUGCUCACCGUUCUUGUGAUCAUUUUGACCCCACGGGGUGAGAUCUUGCGUGGAGCCCCAGAUCGAGGGAGAUUAUCAGUGGUUUUGUAUGUCUUCCAUUUCCUAAUAAUUGCUCCCACAGUUGAUUUCUUCAAACCAAGCUGCUUACCUAUUGCAGAUUCAGUCUUCCCAGCCUGGUGCAGGUCUACAAUUUUGUUUCCGUUGUCCUUUGACAGCUCUUUGGUCUUGGCCAUAGUGGAGUUUGGAGUGUGACUGUUUGAGGUUGUGGACAGGUGUCUUUUAUACUGAUAACAAGUUCAAACAGGUGCCAUUUAAUAAAGGUAACGAGUGGAGGACAGAGGAGCCUCUUAAAGAAGAAGUUACAGGUCUGUGAGAGGCAGAAAUCUUGCUUGUUUGUAGGUGACCAAAUACUUAUUUUCCACCAUAAUUUGCAAAUAAAUUCAUUAAAAAUCCUACAAUGUGAUUUUCUGGAUUUUUUUUUCUCAAUUUGUGUGUCAUAGUUGAUGUACCUAUGAUGAAAAUUACAGGCCUCUCUCAUCUUUUUAAGUGGGAGAACUUGCACAAUUGGUGGCUGACUAAAUACUUCCCCCCCCCCACUGUAUAUGUGUGUGUGUGUGUGUGUGUGUGUGUGUGUGUAUAUAUAUAUAUAUAUAUAUAUAUAUAUAUACACACACACACACACACACACACACACACACACACACACACACACAGUUGAUGUCGGAAGUUUACAUACACCUUAGCCAAAUACAUUUAAACUCAGUUUUUCACAAUUCCUGACAUUUAAUCCAAGUAAAAAUUCCCUGUCUUAGGUCAGUUAGGAUCACCACUUUAUUUUAAGAAUGUUAAAUUUCAGAAUAAUAGUAGAGUGAUUUAUUUCUUUCAUCACAUUCCCAGUGGGUCAGAAGUUUACAUACACUCAAUUAGUAUUUCUUAGCAUUGCCUUUAAAUUGUUUAACUUAGGUCAAACGUUUCGGGUAGCCUUCCACAAGCUUCCCACAAUAAAUUGGGUGAAUUUUGGCCCAUUCCUCCUGACAGAGCUGGUGUAACUGAGUCAGGUUUGUAGGCCUCCUUGCUCGCACACGCUUUUUCAGUUCAGCCCACAUAUUUUCUAUAGGAUUGAGGUCAGGGCUUUGUGAUGGCCACUCCAAUACCUUGACUUUGUUGUCCUUAAGCCAUUUUGCCACAACUUUGGAAGUAUGCUUGGUGUCAUUGUCCAUUUGGAAGACCCAUUUGCGACUAAGCUUUAACUUCCUGACUGAUGUCUUGAGAUGUUGCUUCAAUAUAUCCAUAUAAUUUUCCUUCCUCAUGAUGCCAUCUAUUUUGUGAAGUGCACCUGUCCCUCCUGCAGCAAGGCACCCCCACAGCAUGAUGCUGCCACCCCCGUGCUUCACGGUUGGGAUGGUGUUCUGAGUGGCGCAGUGGUCUAAGGCACUGCAUCGCAGUGCUAACUGUGCCACUAGAGAUCCUGGUUCGAAUCCAGGCUCUGUCGCAGCCGGCCGCGACCGGGAGACUCAUGGGUGGCGCACAAUUGGCCCAGCGUCGUCCAGGGUAGGGGAGGGAAUGGCCGGCAGGGAUGUAGCUCAGUUGAUAGAGCAUGGCGUUUGCAACGCCAGGGUUGUGGGUUCAUUUCCCACGGGGGGCCAGUAUAAAAAAAUAUGUAUUCACUAACUGUAAGUCGCUCUGGAUAAGAGCGUCUGCUAAAUGACUAAAAUGUAAAUGUAAAUGUGUUAUUCGGCUUGCAAGCUACCCCCUUUUUCCUCCAAACAUAACGAUGGUCAUUAUGGCCAAACAGUUCUAUUUUUGUUUCAUCAGACCAGAGGACAUUUCUCCAAAAAGUACGAUCUUUCACUCUAGUGGUAGCAUGAGAUGGAGUCUACAACCCACACAAGUGGCUCAGGUAGUGCAGCUCAUCCAGGAUGGCACAUCAAUGUGAGCUGUGGCAAGAAGGUUUGCUGUGUCUGUCAGCAUAGUGUCCAGAGCAUGGAGGCGCUACCAGGAGACAGGCCAGUACAUCAGGAGACGUGGAGGAGGCCGUAGGAGGGCAACAACCCAGCAGCAGAACUGCUACCUCCGCCUUUGUGCAAGGAGGAGCAGGAGGAGCACUGCCAGAGCCCUGCAAAAUGACCUCCAGCAGGCCACAAAUGUGCAUGUGUCUGCUCAAACGGUCAGAAACAGACUCCAUGAGGGUGGUAUGAGGGCCCGACGUCCACAGGUGGGGGUUGUGCUUCCAGCCCAACACCGUGCAGGACGUUUGGCAUUUGCCAGAGAACACCAAGAUUGGCAAAUUCGCCACUGGCGCCCUGUGCUCUUCACAGAUGAAAGCAGGUUCACACUGAGCACAUGUGACAGACGUGACAGAGUCUGGAGAUGCCGUGGAGAACGUUCUGCUGCCUGCAACAUCCUCCAGCAUGACCGGUUUGGCGGUGGGUCAGUCAUGGUGUGGGGUGGCAUUUCUUUGGGGGGCCGCACAGCCCUCCAUGUGCUCGCCAGAGGUAGCCUGACUGCCAUUAGGUACCGAGAUGAGAUCCUCAGACCCCUUGUGAGACCAUAUGCUGGUGCGGUUGGCCCUGGGUUCCUCCUAAUGCAAGACAAUGCUAGACCUUAUGUGGCUGGGGUGUGUCAGCAGUUCCUGCAAGAGGAAGGCAUUGAUGCUAUGGACUGGCCCGCCCGUUUCCCAGACCUGAAUCCAAUUGAGCACAUCUGGGACAUCAUGUCUCGCUCCAUCCACCAACGCCACGUUGCACCACCGACUGUCCAGGAGUUGGCGGAUGCUUUAGUCCAGGUCUGGGAGGAGAUCCCUCAGGAGACCAUCCGCCACCUCAUCAGGAGCAUGCCCAGGCAUUGUAGGGAGGUCAUACAGGCAUGUGGAGGCCACACACACUACUGAGCCUAAUUUUGACUUGUUUUAAGGACAUUACAUCAAAGUUGGAUCAGCCUGUAGUGUGGUUUUCCACUUUAAUUUUGAGGGUGACUCCAAAUCCAGACCUCCAUGGGUUGAUACAUUUGAUUUCCAUUGAUAAUUUUUGUGUGAUUUUGUUGUCAGCACAUUCAACUAUGUAAAGAAAAAAGUAUUUAAUAAGAUUAUUUAAUUCAUUCAGAUCUAGGAUGUGUUAUUUUAGUGUUCCCUUAAUUUUUUUGAGCAGUGUAUGUGUGUGUAUGUAUGUAUAUAUAUAUAUAUAUAUAUAUAUAUAUAUAUAUAUAUAUAUAUAUAUAUAUAUAUAUAUAUAUAUAUAUAUAUAUAUAUAUAUAUAUUAUUAUUAUUUUUAUUUUAUUUUCAAUAGAGAUGAAUUUGCCUUAAUCUUUAGUUGUGCUAAUAUUAUGUAUAGGGCUAAUUCAAUUGGUGCUAAUUCACCAUCUGAAGAAGUGAAACUCAAAACACAUUAGCUUGAUCAUUAACUUUAAAUAUAAUACCUACUGCUAGUAGCCAUGUAUUAAUCGAACAGUAAACUUUACUAUGAGGCCUAGUGCACUUGCGAUAGCGGAUGCGCAAUUUUGCGAGCUCCGUAUUUCAAAGCCAUAUCAGAUAUCUUGAUUGUAUAUAAAAUGAUACCUACAGAAAGCUGAGACCAUCCAUUCUUUAAUAUGGAUAGCUAGUUGCUUCCAAAUGUGUUUCCCCCCCGCAAUUGCAUUUUGAAAUGUUAUGAAAUGUUAUACAGUCACGAGGGGCACAGGAAGGGGGAGAGGGAGUGUGAGCAGCUCGCUUAUCCCAGCAGCCGGCCCCAGCAAACAGGCAGGCACAGCGGCAGGGCAGACACUUUUAUUACAGGAAUCAUGAGGAUGGCUACCCAGACUAUUUGCAUUGUCCCCCACCCCACCCCUUUACGCUGCUGCUACUCUCUGUUUAUUAUCUAUGCAUAGUCGCUUUAACUCUACCUACAUUUACAUAUUACCUCAACUAACCUGUGCCCCCGCACAUUGACUUUGUACCGGUACCCCCUGUAUAUAGCCUCCAUACUGUUAUUUUACUGCUGCUCUUUAAUUAUUUUUUACAUAUCUAUUUUCUACUUAACACUUAUUUUUCUUAACUGCAUUGUUGUUUAAGGGCUUGUAAGUAAGCAUUUCAAUGUAAGGUCUACACCUGUUGUAUUCGGCGCAUGUGGCAUAAAAAUUGAUUUGAUGUGAUAAUGCACUUUACUGUUGAACAAAUUCAUGAUUUUAUCUGCCCCAAAAAUAGGACAUUUAAUAAAUGGUCACAGUCUGGAGCCCUGUUAUCUCCUCUCUCCCUUUCAUUCCCCUGUUGCCCCCCUCCCCUCAUCCUGUGCUCGUCUUUCUGCUGAAACACAUAGUAUGAGACUAACUCCCUCCUCUGGGGCAAAAAGCUCUCCUGAAUCAUUGAACGGUAACUCCAAAUAUGAAUCCAACCUGUUUUAGCCUCUGAAACCAUAACACAGGAUAUGUUUGACGAAUACUGUAAUGAUGUUUUGUUUAGACCUGAGUGUUGGUCUGUGACACUGUGUUACUGCACCAACGGCCCACAGUGUCACAGAAGCAGCACAGAGACGCAUGUAGUUGAGUUAUCCCCCCCCUCCCCCUCCUCCUCCCUCCACAGGUUAUGACAGAGUGUGUGUGUGUGUGGGAAACACUACAGCACAGUUUUUCCUUCAACAGUCAGUGCUCACACCUAAGCGGAGGGAGGGAGGGGAGGGGAGGGUGGGGGAGGGGAGAGGGAGAGGGGAAGAGAGGCAGACUGGGAGGGAGGCGGAAGGAUACAAUGAACACAAGCUCCCGAGUGAUAGAUAAAGACAGAGAGAGUGUUAGAGAUGAGUCGUACCCAGACGUGAGAGGCAAGCUGGCUAUGUAGGUCAUCCAAGCAGAAGGAGCAUUCUCUACACACCCCCACAUUUCCCAAGUUCUGCAGCUCAGCUAUGCACAAAACAGACACACACACACUUGCCGCUACCACUGCUGCUCAUACUAACAGCUAGCUAACUAGCGAUUUAGCAUUAGCGGCUAACAGGAUUUAUUUUAGCCACGACGUGCUAAGAUAAAACAAACUAGCUGUUUGCGGACUGUAAGAUGCACAAACUAAUAGUGUGAUUGUAGAACGCUUUGAAAGCAGCAUCCGUGUCACCAGCAUCGUGUUGCGUCUGACUAUGCAGAGUGAACGGCUAGUGAAGUGCUCGUGACUCAAUGGUCGAGCAACAACAUGCUCUCGUUGAGUGAGAGGGGGCUUGGUGUGGGAAGCAGCAUGCAGGAGAGGUAGUAAACUAUAAAAACGGACAUUUACACGUGCCAGAGUUGUGUAUCACAUUUAACAAACUAACAUUGACUCAAACCGGUCCGUUCAUCAAUACCGGUGUAUAUAGUAAAAUACCGUAUCGUCCAACCCUAUUGUUUGUGAAUUUCUGCCCUAUAUUCUGAUUGUGUGUUUCAGACAUCAUCCCCUAACUCGUCCAAUGAGAACUCUCCAGUGAGCCCCCCGGAUGAGCAGGGUCAGGGGGACGGGCCCCCCACAGCUGGAGGAGGAGGAGGAGCCUGCCUUCCCUCACACAGACCUGGCCAAGCUGGACGACAUGAUCAACAGGUAAACACACACACACACUCAAACACCCACAUGCUUACACACACGGCCAAGCUGGACUUUAUUUUAAUUUUAUUGAGUUUAAAUUUACAGGAACAGUGAAACAUGAAUCAACGUUUCAGUAAAGGUGCCGGUUUUAGCCAGCCGGCUGAUUUUCAAACACAGUCCCUGGGCAGGUUAUUAAAAACUAUUCCAAUAACAUACAGACAAACAAUGAGCAGUGAGCACAUGCAGAGCAACAUAGGACAAGCAACACGUAGCACGCAGACAGACAGCAACCUAGCACAAGCAACACGUAGCACGCAGACAGACAGCAACAUGGGACAAGCAACACGUAGCACGCAGACAGACAGCAACCUAGGACAAGCAACACGUAGCACGCAGACAGACAGCAACCUAGGACAAGCAACACGUAGCACGCAGACAGACAGCAACCUAGGACAAGCAACACGUAGCAUGCAGACGGACAGCAACCUAGGACAAGCAACACGUAGCAUGCAGACAGACAGCAACAUGGGACAAGCAACACGUAGCACGCAGACAGACAGCAACAUGGGACAAGCAACACGUAGCACGCAGACAGACAGCAAACCUAGGACAAGCAACAGUAGCACGGCAGACAGACCAACCUAGGACAAGCAACACGUAGCAUGCAGACAGACAUCAACUAUAGGACAAGCAACAUGUAGCAUGCAGACAGACCAGCAACAUAGGGACAAGCAACACGUAGCACGCAGACAGACUGAGCAACCAAGUACAAGCAACACGUAGCACGCAGACAAACAUCAACCUAGGACAAGCAACACGUAGCACGCAGACAGACAGCAACCUAGGACAAGCAACACGUAGCACGCAGACAGACAGCAACCUAGGACAAGCAACACGUAGCACGCAGACAGACAGCAACAUGGACAAGCAACACGUAGCACGCAGACAGACAGCAACAUGGGACAAGCAACACGUAGCAUGCAGACAUACAGCAACCUAGGACAAGCAACACGUAGCAUGCAGAUAGCAACCUAAAACAAGCAACACGUAGCAUGCAGACAGACAGCAACAUAGGACAAACAACAUGUAGCACGCAGACAGACAGCAACAUAGGACAAGCAACACGUAGCACGCAGACAGACUGAGCAACAUAGGACAAGCAACACGUAGCACGCAGACAACAGCAACCUAGGACAAGCAACACGUAGCAUGCAGACAGACUGAGCAACAUAGGACAAGCAACACGUAGCAUGCAGACAGACUGAGCAACAAAGGACAAGCAACACGUAGCACGCAUACAAACAUCAACCUAGGACAAGCAACACACAGCACGCAGACAAAUAGCAACCUAAAACAAGCAACACGUAGCAUGCAGACAGACAGCAACAUUGGACAAGCAACACGUAGCACGCAGACACAGAGCAAUAGCACAAAAAGCAACAAAACAAAAUCCAUAAAAGCAACAAACAGGGUUUCCACACCUCACAAGCUAAAGACAACAGAUAACAUGGAAAGCGGCAAUACGCAGUGUGUGAUACUAAGUGCUGUGUGAUUGUGAGGAGGAAUGUGUAUCUCUGUAUUCAUGUGGAUGUUUUGUGUUUCCAGACCCCGCUGGGUGGUUCCAGUUCUGCCAAAGGGAGAGUUAGAGGUUCUUCUAGAAGCUGCUAUAGAGCUUAGUAAAAAGGGUAAGAAUAUUAGCUAAUUCUAUUUCUCAAAUCACUACUACAUUUUUUGAACUAAGGCAAUCAAGAUGGUAUAGAAAGCUUGUCCUUGGCUAUGUACACAUCUGAAAUCGCAUUGACAGCAAUGUAUUUCAACCACGUUGUAUGGAGUUUAGACUAGCUUGAUAGCCGACUCUCUUUUAGCGUACUUGCACUUUGUCAACGACUCAUUAAAAUGUCAGCCGCGUAGUUUCUCUUUAGAUUGAUAUUUGACCUGCAGCCCUUGAAAAAAUAUAUCUGUGGUAGUACAAUAUCUCCAUGCACUUAAUUCUUGUCUGUUUUCUGUCUGUAUAGAACUUGAUGUGAAGUGUGAGGCGUGCCAGAGGUUUUUCAGAGACGGCCUGACCAUCUCUUUCACCAAGAUCCUCACAGACGAGGCCGUCAGUGGGUGGAAGUUUGAGAUACAUGUGAGUCUUUCUUUUAUUCCAUUUGAUUUCAUCAGGAUUGUGCUUUCAAAAGCAAUGGCCACUGUUUUUCAAGGAGUCAUGGGCCCUCUUCCAAUACUUUGAAAACCCAUCCUCCUCCUAGUCCCUUCCUUAGGCUAAUCACUAAUUUGACACAAUUGGAUUGGUGAAACCUAUUCAGUGGAACUCCUAUUUUCGCCCAUCCAAUUGUGUUAAUUGUGUGAUUAACUCAAGGAAGGAAGGAUGCAUUUCUGAAGAAGUAUUCAAACAGGGCCUUGGUAAGGGGAGUGAUGUCACCAGAAGCACCCUGCUGUUGAGAUCUGAUCGAUGAUUUCUGUCCUCUGUUGAAAGCUCAGCAGGUGGCUUACAUUUCUCUGCCUCAGUCUAAAUUCAGUUUGCUAUCUGGGCCCUUGUGGUGGAGGAAAGAAGGGAGAAUGAACAGGGAGAACACCAGCGGUGAUCAAUGCUCUUUUCAUCGGAGGAAGUGGCUUUGGCUUGGCUCUUCUGUUCUUUAACUCGGUGACAUUGAUACUGAAUAGCCUUUCUCAGUGGAGCGUGAGUCACCCACUCUUGACAGCCCAGCCCUAUCUCUAGCCCCAGGUUCAGCUGACUGCUGUGCCCCCCUUAAAAUGUAUCGUACCAUUUCUACCGUUCUGCGUGCCAAUUAUGAUUUUUAUGAGGAUUUUCAUGGAACAGUUUCAUUUCAAUAAUAAAGUUUUAGUUUCUGAAAGUCAUUGUCAGGUGGUUAAUCAUACAAAUCUGAAUUAAAAUGAUAAAAAUCGAAAAGUUAGUCAACUAAUGCGAGAUCACCAGCCUGAUACACCGUGGUCCAUUGGCGGCUAAAGAAAUGAGCGCAUGGAACUCAUAGCCUAUAGGCCAAUGCAGCAGUAGGUCUAUAAGCUCUUUCACACUGAGGAUUGUGAAUAUCGAGGGGGAGAUUGUUGGAAAGAGUUUUAAAAUAGCUUACUAUGAGAAACUAUAGUUUUAAUAUAUUAUCAUUCGCAAUGGAUGUAAAAAAAAAAACACUUUCUUACAUUUCCGCGCAGCAGGCCAGUUACUUCUAUGCAUGCUGAGACACGCGCUCCCUCAACAUUAUCAGGACAGAGAAACCAGACACAUUUACAUUUUAGUCAUUUAGCAGACGCUCUUAUCCAGAGCAACUUACAGUUAGUGAGUGCAUACAUUUUCAUACUGGUCCCCCGUGGGAAUCGAACCCACAACCCUGGUGUUGCAAGCGCCAUGCUCUACCAACUGAGCUACACGGGACUCACAUGGAGCACUCCAAACAAAAGACAAUGAAAACAUUUACAAAUCUCGUAAAUGAUGGUCAUGAAAUAAACCAAAACUCAAAUGACCGGUAUAUUUAAAUCUUCCCGGUCAAGUUGUCCGGUGCCACAUUUUCCUAACGAAAACCUUGCAAUAGACAUAGUUCCUGGCCAUUCGCAUCCCUGCAAAUAUGAUGGCUCUUUUGAGUUGAUACAUUGCUACCGCAGACUUCGGAAUGUGUUCUGAAGGAACAGGGUAGUUGUAAGCAAUAUGGAGGAAGCUCCCCCUAAGCCCUCAGUGAGGCUAUGUGGAGCCUUCAUCCUAUUGCUUACACUGAUCUCACUCUCUCUCCAUCCACAGAGGUGUAUCAUCAACAACACCCACCGGCUGGUGGAGCUGUGUGUGGCCAAGCUCUCUCAGGACUGGUUCCCCUUGCUGGAGCUGCUGGCCAUGGCCUUCAACCCCCACUGCAAGUUCCACAUCUACAAUGGCACGCGGCCCUCUGAGACAGUGCCCGCAGGGGCGCAGCUAGCAGACGACGAGCUCUUCGCCCGCCCCCCUGACCCUCGCUCUCCAAAGGUAGGGUCUGAAUUCAAGGUAGGCCCCCCAAAGAUCUUUUAUUACUCACUUUGGUCAACCACCUGUUCUAUCAAUGUACUCCUUAUUUAGGACCCAAAACUGUUUUUAAAUAUAUAUUUUCAGCGAUUGACACUUUAUUGAAACAGGAAGUCAGAGGGGGAGACAAACGGCGGGAAGGGUGGAUACAUGAAUUGAACCCUGGUCUCCGGCGUGGAGUCGUAUAUUUGACUGCAACACAUCGGCCCCAAACUUAACCCUCCCCCCCAAUAUAUUUUUCCAAAAUCACUAAUAAACCCCAACUUUUCCCCAAGACCCUAUAAUCGAUCUUCUGAUUUUCCAGUACUCUCCCAAGGAAAGAAAUGUUGACUCAGUUUGUCUAUAUCGUCAGUUUGCUAAAUAUAUAACCCUCUACCUUCAAGGACAAUUCCCCUAUUUACUGUUGAGGCUUUUCUUGUAACAAGGUGGAUCAACAAAAAUAUAUACUGAGGAUGUUUUAAUAAACUAUGUCCUGGGACUGAUGUGAUAUUUGCUAUACUGUGUAAAUGUCUGUCUUUCCCAGCCAAAUCUCAUCAUAUAGGCACAGUGUGAAAUGUCUGAAUCCAUUUUUUAGGAUUGAGCCUAAAUUAAAUAUCCUCUGGAUGCCAUAGCAACAGAAAUGCAGAGAACAGGCUUUAUUUUUUAUUUUAUUUUGCAAUUUAUUUUCUUUGAACGAAUGCGCUCUUUGCUCUGGCCUUGCCUUAGGGCCAGUGCACAUAAACAAAGGAUGAUCCCUCCGUGGACUGGGUAGGAAAUAAGAGAGAUGGAAAUAGAACAAAUGGCUGCACUCGAGGUGUCUGGACUGUUGUGGAGUUUAAAUUAGAUUAGGUGCUGCCAGGGAGAGAGAGUGAGUGAGUUUUUCUAUGAAAAGCGCGAUGAAUGGAGCGUGGGCCGGGGGUGGUCAAUGUGAACACUGUCUGCUGUAGAUGCCCAAUACAAACACUGCUGCAGCCUCUGAUAUGAGUCUGUGGGUUGAAUCAAAAGCCAGGCAGUUUUCCUCUGAUUUUCCCUUCAACCAAGCUUUUCUGUGUAACAGCUGUGAGACUUGAGGGAUGUAUUUGUAUAACUGAACAGCUUGAGUGGAUAGUAUGGUGAGUAUCUCUUAACUUUUUUGAUUUAUUUUUAACAAGUGUGUUGUUGUUUUUUCCUCUUCGUUCACAGGGCUGGUUGGUGGAUUUAAUUAACAAAUUCGGCACGUUAAACGGGUUUCAAACGCUGCACGAUCGCUUCAUAAGUGGCCAAGCACUGAACGUCCAGAUCAUCGCUGCCCUUAUCAAGUGAGUCGGCCCGUAUAUAUACAGUGGGGGAAAAAAGUAUUUAGUCAGCCACCAAUUGUGCAAGUUCUCCCACUUAAAAAGAUGAGAGAGGCCUGUAAUUUUCAUCAUAGGUACACGUCAACUAUGACAGACAAAUUGAGAAAAAAUUUUCCAGACAAUCACAUUGGAGGAUUUUUAAUGAAUUUAUUUGCAAAUUAUGGUGGAAAAUAAGUAUUUGGUCACCUACAAACAAGCAAGAUUUCUGGCUCUCACAGACCUGUAACUUCUUCUUUAAGAGGCUCCUCUGUCCUCCACUCGUUACCUGUAUUAAUGGCACCUGUUUGAACUUGUUAUCAGUGUAAAAGACACCUGUCCACAACCUCAAACAGUCACACUCCAAACUCCACUAUGGCCAAGACCAAAGAGCUGUCAAAGGACACCAGAAACAAAAUUGUAGACCUGCACCAGGCUGGGAAGACUGAAUCUGCAAUAGGUAAACAGCUUGGUUUGAAGAAAUCAACUGUGGGAGCAAUUAUUAGGAAAUGGAAGACUGAUAAUCUCCCUCGAUCUGGGGCUCCACGCAAGAUCUCACCCCGUGGGGUCAAAAUGAUCACAAGAACGGUGAGCAAAAAUCCCAGAACCACACGGGGGGACCUAGUGAAUGACCUGCAGAGAGCUGGGACAAAAGUAACAAAGCCUACCAUCAGUAACACACUACGCCGCCAGGGACUCAAAUCCUGCAGUGUCAGACGUGUCCCCCUGCUUAAGCCAGUACAUGUCCAGGCCCGUCUGAAGUUUGCUAGAGUGCAUUUGGAUGAUCUAAAAGAGGAUUGGGAGAAUGUCAUAUGGUCAGAUGAAACCAAAAUAGAACUUUUUGGUAAAAACUCAACUCGUUGUGUUUGGAGGACAAAGAAUGCUGAGUUGCAUCCAAAGAACACCAUACCUACUGUGAAGCAUGGGGGUGGAAACAUCAUGCUUUGGGGCUGUUUUUCUGCAAAGGGACCAGGACGACUGAUCCGUGUAAAGGAAAGAAUGAAUGGGGCCAUGUAUCGUGAGAUUUUGAGUGAAAACCUCCUUCCAUCAGCAAGGGCAUUGAAGAUGAAAUGUGGCUGGGUCUUUCAGCAUAACAAUGAUCCCAAACACACCGCCCGGGCAACGAUGGAGUGGCUUCGUAAGAAGCAUUUCAAGGUCCUGGAGUGGCCUAGCCAGUCUCCAGAUUUCAACCCCAUAGAAAAUCUUAGGAGGGAGUUGAAAGUCCGUGUUGCCCAGCGACAGCCCCAAAACAUCACUGCUCUAGAGGAGAUCUGCAUGGAGGAAUGGGCCAAAAUACCAGCAACAGUGUGUGAAAACCUUGUGAAGACUUACAGAAAACGUUUGACCUGUGUCAUUGCCAACAAAGGGUAUAUAACAAAGUAUUGAGAAACUUUUGUUAUUGACCAAAUACUGAUUUUCCACCAUAAUUAGCAAAUAAAUUCAUUAAAAAUCCUCCAAUGUGAUUUUCUGGAUUUUUUUUUCCUCAUUUUGUCUGUCAUAGUUGACGUGUACCUAUGAUGAAAAUUACAGGCCUCUCUCAUAUUUUUAAGUGGGAGAACUUGCACAAUUGGUGGCUGACUAAAUACUUUUUUCCCCCACUGUAUUCACACACACACACACACACUUUAAUGGAUGACAUUUAAAGAGCAUGUUUCACUAGCUCUUCAGUGCUUUCUACAUUAUAUGGGGCUAACUCACACCAUUCACCACCAGUGUGUAACAUCCCACCGUGCCAUCGCUAAAGAAGGCCUCAGGCUCUUGCUGUGACGGGUCUGUCUUCAUGACUAGAUAGAUGUGGUCAUUUAGCGGACACUUUAAUGUGGCCCAUAGAGCAAUCAAACCCACAACUCUGGUGUUGUAAGAGUCAUGCUUCAACCAAUAGAGCUAUGGGAACAGCAUGGUCUACUGGACGUGUUGUGACUGUGUUGUUUUGUCCUCCAGGCCUUUCGGGCAGUGUUACGAGUUCCUCACGUUGCACACGGUGAAGAAGUACUUCCUGCCCGUCAUCGAGAUGGUUCCUCAGUUCCUGGAGAACCUGACGGACGAGGAACUGAAGAAGGAAGCCAAGAACGAAGCCAAAAACGAUGCCCUGUCCAUGAUCAUCAAGUCCCUGAAGAACCUGGCUUCCAAGGUGCCUGGGCAGGAGGAGACUGUCAAGAACUUAGAAAUAUUUAGGUUAAAAAUGAUUCUUAGGUGAGUUCGCUUCAGGCCAAACUGUCCUAAAGGUUUUGUUUUAAAACACCUGUCUUGGUAACUAUUGGCUGAACGCUAACCUGAGAUACGUGCACGCAUCGUGUAUUGAUGUCAAUGUAAAAAUUUGAGUAAUGCUUGUGGAUUUUAGUUAGGAAUUGCCCCUAUGUGAACUAUUUGUUGAUAGUAAUCUGUGGUGGUUAUGUUUUCAUCUGCAGGUUAUUGCAAAUUUCCUCUUUUAACGGCAAAAUGAAUGCACUAAACGAAGUAAACAAGGUAAUCUCCAGUGUGUCCUAUUACACACAUCGGCAUGGCAACCCCGAGGAGGAGGAGUGGCUAACUGCAGAACGCAUGGCGGUGAGUUAACCAUCAAUCAAUCAAAUCUAUGUAUUUUUUAUUUAGUAAUAAUAAUUGUCAGCGAACAUGAAUACACACAUACAAAAUGAAGUUAAAUGUAUUUGUUUAACGCUACACAAGCGCCUUUUCACAAAGUGUGUAGUAUAGAGAGUAUACCGUAGUGUGGUUUGUGGUGGCGUAGUCGGCAGAACUGAUGGAGAUUGAAAGAUGUCUGUCUAUCUGUCAGGAGUGGAUCCAGCAGAACCACAUCCUGUCCAUUGUGCUGAGGGACAGCCUCCACCAGCCUCAGUACGUAGAGAAACUAGAGAAGAUACUCCGCUUCGUCAUCAAGGAGAAAGCUCUUACCAUGCAGGAUCUGGACAACAUCUGGGCUGCACAGGUACAGUGCCUGCGUGUGUUAGUGCAUGCGUUUGAAGAGAGAAAAUCAUUGAUGAUCACACAUAUUGUGCAUGGUUCAGGUGAAGGGGAUAUGACCCGUAACAGCUCUUACGACAGAAUGGGAAAUCCUUCGUCUUACCUGGGGCAUUUCCAGGUCUUUGGGGUUGAUUUGCUGAAAACGCCCUUACCUAAGCAUGGCUCGGUCCAUGAAAUGGCGUUAAUGUGCCCCAUGUGAAAUGUAAGGCUGAAAACAGAUAAUCCAGCAGUGUGAUUGUUGACACGUUGUUUGUUGACAUUUUUUGUUGACAUGUUGUUCCACCGGCAGGCUGGUAAACAUGAGGCCAUCGUGAAGAACGUCCACGACCUUCUGGCCAAGCUGGCCUGGGACUUCUCUCCUGAGCAGCUUGACCACCUCUUUGACUGCUUCAAGGUGAGACCUCUCUCCACACACACACACACAGCACGUUUCACUAUCCUUGUAGGGACCAGAAAUGUAUUUCCCUUAACCUUAACUCCUAACCCUAAACUUAAACCCGAAAUGUAACCCCUAAACCUAAAAUAGCUUUUGUCCUCGUGGGGACCUGGGAAAUGUCCCCACGAGGGAUCAUUUUCCUUGUUUGACUAUCCUUGUGGGGACUUUCCGGUACCAACGAGGAAGCCCACACACACACUUUGCUCUCCUAACCCCUGUGGUGGUUUGUUUGCGGUCUGCAGGCGAGUUGGACGAACGCCAGUAAGAAGCAGCGUGAGAAGCUGUUGGAGCUGAUCCGUCGUCUGGCGGAGGACGACAAGGAUGGAGUGAUGGCCCACAAGGUAAACAUGGGUUAAAGAGAUGUAUUUUUCUAGCUCCUGUGCGCCAUUUGGAUAUGAGUAAUGAAGGUUCCUCUCCUCCUCUGCUCCAUUUGGAUAUGAGUACUGAAGGUUCCUCUCCUCCUCUCACCACAAGGUGCUGAACCUGUUGUGGAACCUGGCUCACAGCGACGACGUGCCUGUAGACAUCAUGGACCAGGCCCUCAGUGCUCACAUCAAGAUACUGGACUACAGUUGCUCUCAGGUAAUACUAGGUACCAGUCAAGAGCCAGGCGACUGCUUUCCCACACGGCUCAAGGUAUUGAGAACCAGCCAAUGUUUUUAGGGGUAUGUUGGGGUGCUAGCAAGGACUGGCUUAUGGCUGUGUGUGUGUGUGUUCCUUGAAUACUGUUGAUGUUGAUGUUCAUUUCAGGAUAGAGACACGCAGAAGAUCCAGUGGAUCGAUCGCUUCAUAGAAGAGUUGCGCACCAAUGACAAAUGGGUGAUUCCUGCACUAAAGCAGAUCCGAGAGAUCUGUAGCCUGUUCGGAGAGGCUCCUCAGAAUCUCAGGUAAAGGAAUGGACAGGGUCAGAGUUCAACUACGGGCUGGGAGGGAGACAUCAUUUAUAAACUCUGUUGAACAUGCUUGUGAUUUACAAAGAUAUAGAAACGGAAUGAGUACAAAUUUAGGAUAAUUCAGAAGGACAUAACAGAAAGAAAUGUACACUGUAUAGCAGCCAUGCUUCUUUGUCAGCUCUAUACUUUAGAUUUCUAUCUGCAACAUUUUAGAUAUUCACCCCACUUUAAUUUUUGUUUUGCUCAGGAUGCUAUGCUUGGUUAUACGUUUUCUCUACGCCUUUAAAGAAUGGCAUUUUAAUCACAUUUCCAGAGGGGCUGAAGCAUGCCAACUCUUUUGUAAACAGGCAUUUUCUGUUAACAGUCUGAGAUUUGACCUUGCCAUCCAGUUUGAUCGAACAGUGAACAUUCUUAGACUAAAACCGAGCGAAUGUACUGUAUCUUGCUUCUUAAACGCUGAGUUCUCAAAGUAGCAUAGAUAUUGUUGAAUUAGGUGCUGCUUUUAAUAACAUGCAGUUGUACUGACUGAAGUAGCAUUGGUAAAUGCAGCAAAUAUGUAGCACACCACAUGCCUGUUGUUUUUCAGAAAGAAAAUGCCUAUUAACAUACAAACGAACUUAGUGGGGUAAGUUGACAGCUAAUUUGGGGGAUAUUAUGGCCAUUUUGUUAUUUGAAAUUGUAAAAAAUGUCUAAAUUCACUCUUUCUCUCAGAUGGUACAACAGAUCUGUAAUGUUUAUUUUCAUUCAUAAAUCUGCUUUAGCAAACCUUUCUCAAGGUAAACCUCAAAUUACACCCUAUUCCAUAUACACUACUGCACUACCUUUGACCAGAGCCACAAAUGACUCCAAAUAGUGCACUACUUUUCACCAGAGCCACAAAAGGCUCUUGUCAAGUAGUGCACUACAUGGGGAAUUGCAUACAAAAGUAGUGCACUACAUGGGAAAUAGGGUGUAAUUUGAGAUGCACUCAAAAGCGUCUCUUUCUGCACCGGCUCCUCUUAGCUUCAAUCACCGACUGUUUGCAGGGUGACAUUUUGGGGGCAUUUCUGGGAGCACUGCUUACUCACAUUUCCUAAACACAUCGUAGUGAUUUUAAGAAUGAAAUUCCUCACCAUUUCUCUUUCUGCACACACAGACACACACACACACACACACACACACACACAGAGAUCAUGGGGUACUGUUUAGAAUGUUGGAUAUACCAAUACUGCUUUCUUUGCACUACAGAUGCAGAGAAGCAACAAAAUUCCACUUAUUCUGCAGAUAAAUUAUUGUAAUAAUUUCAUUAGUAGGAGUGGGGGUAAAAGUUGAUGUUGUCGGCCUGUCAUAGACAUGGUGACUAAAGUCUCUGAACCUUUCUGUCUAUCUCCUUCCCACCCCCCCCCUCUCUCUCUCUCUCCAUCCCCCUCUCGCUCUCUCUCUCUCUCUAGAGAGAGGCUCGAGCUUCCUCAAUCAGCGUAGGAGGCGAGAGAAGGUCCAAAAAGCUCGGCAUCCGCCAUACGAUCCUAGGAUCUGCUCAGCCAUCUUCUCUCCUCUCUCAUCUCUCCGCUCUCUAUUCUCUCCUUCUCUUCGCGCUCUUCUAUCUCUCUCUCUCGCUCUCUCUCUCUCUCUCUCUCUCUCUCUCUCUCUCUCUCUCUCUCUCUCGCUCUCUCUCUCUCUCUCUCUGCUCUACAGUCAGACCCAGAGGAGUCCUCAUGUGUUCUAUCGUCAUGACCUGAUCAACCAGCUGCAACACAACCAUGCCCUGGUCACGCUGGUGGCUGAGAACCUCUCUGCCUACAUGGAGACCAUGAGGCAGUUCUCUAAAGGUAUGGACCACCUCACACAGGAGGGGACAUUUUCUCAUUCAUCACGAUUGCCUCAUUCUUGACUUUCAGACUUUUCUGAUAGCAGAAAAUCUUAAAUACUAUUUCUCUAUGUUCUCUACCCUCUUUUUCUAACCCUGGGGCAAUUAGCAUGUUAGAUUUCCAUUUGGAAAAACCUCAGCAGUUGGGUACAAUUGAAAGAUGCACCUUGAGCCCUCACAUAGAUGAUUGUGUCUGUCGUGUAGCCGAGCAGACGGAGUUUGACCCCCAGACGGUGAGGGUAGGGAGCCGCUACAGCCACGUACAGGAAGUCCAGGAGAGACUCAACUUCCUGAGGUAUGACAUCACAUCCGCAGGGCAGUAUUCAUUAGGCACCAAACAGAAGAAAAGACUGUAACCGGCAGAGACCGACGCGCUCUUUUCUGUUUUCCAUUGCAAAGCCCUUUAAAACGUUUUCCAUUGCGUAACCUAAUGAAUACGACCCAGCUCUUCAUCUUCAUGGAUUCAAUGAAUGGAAGUGAACGGUGAACUGAGCCACUGUAGUCUGAUCAUAAUGGUUCAUGUAUGCGUCUGUGUUGUCCCCAGGUUCUUGCUGAAGGACGGCCAGUUGUGGCUCUGUGCUCCUCAGGCAAAACAGAUCUGGAAGUGUCUGGCCGAGAACGCAGUCUUUCUUUGUGACCGAGAGGCCUGCUUCAAAUGGUACGCUGCCAUCGUCAAUAUUAUUAUCACCUCGAAAGGGUGAAUAUGGCUACAACAUAUUUCUAUUUCCUUUGUCUCAUUCAUAGAGAACAACUCAAAUGUUCUCAAUUUUCUCAACACGAGAAACACCAAGUCAACUCUGUUGUUCAUCCCCAGGUACUCCAAGCUGAUGGGAGACGAGCCAGACCUGGACCCGGACAUCAACAAGGACUUCUUUGAGAACAACGUCCUCCAGCUGGAUCCGUCUCUGCUCACGGAGAAUGGCAUGAAGUGCUUUGAGAGGUUCUUCAAGGCCGUCAACUGCCGGGAGGGCAAGCUGGUGGCCAAACGCAGGGCCUACAUGAUGGACGACCUGGAGCUCAUAGGACUGGACUACCUCUGGAGGGUGAGUUAUUUAGCCUACUUAUCACUGUUAUGAAGCUGUUAUAACUGACAGCUGUUGGACCAAUGUUCCCUCUCGCGCAGCUCCCCCGGGACUGCUGCCCAGAACAAAUAUCAGCCCAUGCAGAGACGCACGAGAUUGAACUUCACUCAACUAUCUAGAGUUUUCCCCGUUAGUUAACACUAUCAACGUUUCCCUUUACUGUGGGAAUUGUGAUCGAAUCAACGCAGUAUUAGCCACUUUCAAUGCAACAUACCGAAACAAAAACGAACUAUGCAAGACUUGGUAUGCAAAACUAACUAUGCAUGAGAUUUUGUUGUAGGCAGAAUGCUGAUGCUGAUUCUCUGUAAUAAUGGUAUGGGAAUAAUGAUGCAUUUUAUUUUGUAAAGUGGUUUCUUGCAUCAAACAUUCAGUCACUUCCUUGUCUGAAGGACAAGUGGAUAAACAGGUUAAUGUCAAGCCCUGCAUGUUGUUUUUCAAGUCUCUUGGAAUGUAGGCCUACAUCGAACACCACACAUUGGCUGUUACUGUAGGCUGACUGAUAGAACAGCUAUUUCCAUGUUGAAAUGUUAUGGGAUGCAAUUUCUCCAUUGUUUUUGAUGGUAGGACUUUCUGGUAGGCCUACAUUAUGAUCAAAUAGCCACAGUAACCUACUUGACCACUGUUAAAAUUGUAAGUUAAAGCGGGUUCAGCCUCCGUGUUCACAGUAAACGCGCGCUGGAAGUUGAACUGAAUUUUCACAAAGUUCAAGUUUGCGCUCAGCAGACCUGAAAUUUGCUCAGUGCCUCAUUUUCUUUGAGGGCACAUUAGGCUGGACUUCCUCUGGAGGGUGGGGUUUAUAAAGCCUCUUAGCACUGUGGUUAUGCAGCUGUUUUAGCAGACAGCUGUAACCAUCUUUUUAAACCUUGAACUCCCUUUGGACUACAUUCAGUGUCUUCGGAAAGUAUUCAGACACCUUGACUUUUUUCCACAUUUUGUUACGUUACAGUCUUAUUCUAAAAUUGCUUAAAUAAAAAUCCUCAUCAAUCUACACACAAUACCCCAUAUUGACAAAGCGAAAACAGGUUUUUAGACAUUUUUGCAAAUGCAUUCAAAAAUAAAAAACUGACCUUAUUUACAUAAGUAUUCAGACCUUUUGCUAUGAGACUCGAAAUUGAGCUCAGGUGCAUCCAGUUUCCAUUGAUCAUCCUUGAGAUAUUUCUACAACUUGAUUGGAGUCCACCUUUCGUCAAUUCAAUUGAUUGGACAUGAUUUUGAAAGGCACACACCUGUCUAUAUAAGGUCCCACAGUUGGCAGUGCAUGUCAGAGCAAAAACCAAGCCAUGAGGUCGAAGGAAUUGUCCGGAGAGUUUCGAGACAGGAUUGUGUCGAGGCACAGAUCUGGGGAAGGGUACCAAAACAUUUCUGCAGCAUUGAAGGUCCCUAAGAACACAGUGGCCUCUAUCAUUCUUAAUUUGAAGAAGUUUGGAACCACCAAGACUCUUCCUAGAGCUGGCCGCCCGGCCAAAUUGAGCAAUCGGGGGAGAAGGGUCUUGGUCAGGUAGGUGACCAAGAACCUGAUGGUCACUCUGACAGAGCUCCAGAGUUACUCUGUGGAGAUGGGAGAACCUUCCAGAAGGACAACCAUCUCUGCAGCACUCCACCAAUCAGGCCUUUAUGGUAGAGCGGCUAGACUGAAUCCACUCCUCAGUAAAAGGCACAUGACAGCCCGCUUGGAGUUUGCCAAAAGGCACCUAAAGUCUCUGACCAUGAGAAACAAGAUUCUCUGGUCUGAUGAAACCAAGAUUGAACUCUUUGGCCUGAAUGCCAAGCGUCACGUCUGGAGGAAACCUGGCACCAUCCCUACGGUGAAGCAUGGUGGUGGCAGCAUCAUGCUGUGGGGAUGUUAUUCAGCGGCAGGGACUGGUAGACUAGUCAGGAUUGAGGCAAAGAUGAACGGAGCAAAGUACAGAGAGAUCCUUGAUGAUAACCUGCUCCAGAGCGUUCAGGACCUCAGACUGGGGCGAAUGUUCACCUUCCAACAGGACAACGACCCUAAGCACACAGCCAAGACAACGCAGGAGUGGCUUCGGGCAGUGGUGGAAAAAGUACGCAAUUAUCAUACUUGAGUAAAAAUAAAGAUACCUUAAUAGAAAAUGACACAAGUAAAAGUCACCCAAACAAACAAAUACUACUUGAGUAAAGUCUAAAAGUAUUUGGUUUUAAAUAUUAUUCAGUAUCAAAAGUACACGUAAUUGCUAAAAUAUGCUUAAGUAUCAAAAGUAAAAGUAUGAAUCAUUUCAAAUUCUUUAUAUUAAGCAAACCAGAUCGCACCAUUUUCUUGUUUGUUAAAUUUACGGAUAGCCAGGGGCACACUCCGACUCUCAGACAUAAUUUACAAACGAAGCAUUUGUGUUUAGUGAGUCCACCAGAUCAGAGGCAGUAGGGAUGACCAGGGAUGUUAUUUUGAUAAGUGCGCGAAUUGGACCAUUUUCAUGACCUGCUAAGCAUUCAAAAUGUAAAGAGUACUCCCGUGUAGCUCAGUUGGUAGAGCAUGGCGCUUGCAACGCCAGGGUUGUGGGUUCGAUUCCCACGGGGGACCAGUAUGAAAAAAAAAAUGUAUGUACUCACUAAUUGUAAGUCACUCUGGAUAAGAGCGUCUGCUAAAUGACUAAAAUGUCAAAUGUACUUUAGCGUGUCAGGGAAAAUGUAUGGAGUAAAAAGUACAUUAUUUUCUUUAGGAAUGUAGUGAAGUAAAAGUUGUCAAAUAUAAAUAGAGUACAGAUACCCCAAAAAAAUACUUACGUAGUACUUUAAAGUAUUUUUACUUAAGUACUUUACACCACUGGCUUCGGGACAAGUCUCUGAAUGUCCUUGAGUGGCCCAGCCAGAGCCCGGACUUGAACCUGAUCGAACAUCUCUGGAGAGACCUGAAAAUAGCUGUGCAGCGACCUCUGUGUCUGAAACAAAGGGUGAAAUGACUGACUGCAUGUCUGGCCUACAGUAUGAGCACUAAUGAACUGCUCAAGCAUUUUACUAUCCUUCUUUCUUGAUCAUGUUGUCUUCUGUCUCACCAAGCCCACAUUCAAAAGGCACAACUUCAAAGAAGACCAUACCCUCUGAAUGCUGCUAUUUGAGGUGAUGAUCAUUAGUCAUUUCCAUGCAUCUAUAAACCUCUGGGUUCUGUGGGAUUGUUUCAGGAGCAUCUGAAACGGAUAGAUUUAGUGAGUAUGUCUGUAUGGGAGAGAGGGGGCGGUGGGUGGCUGACCCAGUUAGUUAGCAGCCUAGCUGUUUGUGUUUAGUGACCUACAUGGCCUGUAAUCCCUCUGUGUUGUUAAAUGAAGUCCUUACAUCACAGAGGAACAGACAAGUCUUCUGGAUGCUGCUAAACCGAACAUCAGCUUCUGUGGUGCUGAGGAGGAAGGGCUGUUUUAAUGUUGUAGAGUCUGUCAGUCCAAUGGCUUCUGAUGAUGUUGUAGUCGGGGCUUUAACGGUAUUGGUACCGAACCGCUCGGUACGGAGACUUCGGUCCGCACUGUGAACCUGAAUGAGUACAUAAAACCAAUAUUGAUUUAUUUUUUAACACUAGGCCUAUAGGCUAUUCCUACGCUGCAUUGUAUGCCAUUGCCUAGAGAGGAAAUCUGAGCUGAGAAAACAUUGUAGGCUAUUCCGUUAAAACAACUGCAGCCCAUGCGCCCGUUGUAAUCAGAAUUCGUAUCUUAACUGCCGGAUUUCAAACUAUCCUUUUCAUCAUUGUUUAAAUCUCCAGUUUAGGAACAUUUUGGCUUCAUAGUCGAUUUAAAACGGCGAUGGACAGUUGUGGAUAAAACGUUAAUAGUAUGUUCUCCACUGCUCAACGAGAAUAGCCUAUGCAGAGUGGCGCUUGUAGCUUGUUGUCGUCCAAUCACAAGUCAUCGAAGCGCCACUACAGUCAUGGAGCGUCCUUGUGUGGAAAACCAAGUUAGGAGAUUAUCUAAUUAAUGGAAGAUGGAAUUAAAAGUGAAAUGAAAAGUAUAUGCUACAACAAACAAGAGCCAACAGUUAGGCUGCUAUGUAAUAAUCUGAAUGGAUGUGUUGUUAUUUGUAACUGUAGGACAGUACGAAAGCGCAUGCAGACUCAAUUAGCAGCUAAUUUAGCUAGCUGUUUUAGCCAACUAGCUUCUCUCGGGUUGAUGCAGUCAAGACAGGUACUACGUAAUCAUAUUGGAUGAUAAAUAACCUAGCUAUGACAAGCUAGAAGUUAGUCUACUAGCGCAAGUCUUCUCGGUUGGGUGCUCCCUCCCUCCCUCCUUCCUCCCGUUUCACUCGCUCACAGCACAGGUCCCUCCUCCGCCUGCUCUCCCUCGCGUUGUAUCAGCUCUGGUUAAUAAAGUAGCUUACAAAUGGUCUUUUCUGCUGCUUCCUUCACUCGGAUCCGACCACGUCUAUACGGAACUUGUCGACCUCGGGUCCGUUCGGAACGGGUCUCUAUAUUGAAAAAUGUAUUUAUGCAUAUUUGUCAGGGUGGGAAAGCCCCAUGUCCAUUUCGGAACGGGUCCUUGAGGCCCAACAUAACAAUCCCUGUCACAACAGAAAAUGCCAGGAACAUUGUGAAUGAUGUCACAGAAACUGGACUUGGGCCACAAAUAGGGUGCUUUUAAAUUGUGCGUAUUUUGCCAGUAAACAAACAUUUAACUACAGUAACUGUUGGAAUUUCAUUUUUCUGCUGUACGGUAAUCGAACCGUGACCCCAAAACCGCAAUACGUACCGAACCGUGGGUUUUGCGAACCAUUACACCCUUAGUCUGACCAAUGGCUUCUGAUGAUGAUGAAACCUGUGUUGGUUCAAAGUGUUCUUCUAACCUUAUUAUUCACGCUCUGGGUAUAUUAGAUAAUUCACAAGUUCAUUUGUUUUAGAUGUGGGAUUUCUAAACCUUGUUCUCACUUCCUAUGCAUAGCUGAUUCAGGAGUUGUGUUAUUGUAUAUUUGGGUAUUCAGCCUUUUUGCACGGUAUGGGUCUAGGCUACAUUUGAGUUCAUUGGAUUUUCUCAUAUGCAAUGUUUGGUUGCGAAUUAUGUAUUUUUUUGCAUCCUAAGCAAAGCUCAUUUUACAGCACUGAUGUUAUUGAUUUGGCUGGUAAGCCGUGCGUGGUACACAUUUAGCGCGUACACACACACACACACACACACACACACACACACACACACACACACAGUAUUUGAGGCUGGGUUAGUGCACUGCUGUAAGUGCUGUUAGUGUGUGAGACCUGCUCAGGGUCAGCGGGUAGUGACUGGUGAUGAUUCUGUGGGCUGUUGCUGAGUACCUAUUAAUGGCCCCCUCCUCUAGUCUGGAUGAGUCAUAACACACACACACUUUUCAGUGUUGUCUCCAGGGCUGUGUGAUAGAGAGAGGGGGCCGGAGGCGUCCAUUGAUUCCGUCUGUUAUUUCCUCCUGCCAGGUCGUAAUUCAAGGGAGCGAUGACAUCGCCAGUCGAGCCAUAGACCUGCUGAAAGAGAUUUACACCAACCUCGGACCAAAACUACAAGUCAAUCAGGUAACCUGGGUGUCCGCUGUCCCGGUGACAAUAACGGCUCAAUCUGCUGUUAGGUCAUCCUAAAUCAUCUAGCCAUUUUGAGUCAACCACUUACAUAUAAACACAGUCAUGAAUAGAAUAGUGAUUGUAUUGCCAAUCAAUUGUAGUUGAUUAUAAUUUAGACGGGGACAGUCCGUGUGAAACACCGCUACAGCAUCCCUUCCUCUGCGAGCCCCGUUGCACAUAUUGGUUUUAGGGACGUUAACCGGUUAGCCGGUGAAAAUACAUUUGACCAGUCAUGCUUAUCUGUCUUAUAGGUUCAUUUGAAUAAUUUAGUGGAAUUAAAUUGGCACGCGUGUAUUUUCGUUAGUCGUCAUGUAUCUUAUUUAUUACAUUUACAUUACAGUUACGUCAUUUAGCAGACGCUCUUAUCCAGAGCGACUUACAGGAGCAAUUAGGGUUAAGUGCCUUGCUUAAGGGCACAUCGACAGAUUUUUCACCUAGUCGGCUCGGGGAUUAGAACCAGCGACCUUUCGGUUACUGGCACAACGCUCUUACCCACUAAGCUACCUAUCACACGCGCACAGCAUACAGAGCCUAGUUUGAGGAGUGGAAUCACCUAUCACCUGUCAGACAGCACAAGAGCAUCUUCUCAAAAAGCUGGUACUGGAGUGAUAUGUGCUUUUUUUUAAGCCCAGUUGUUGCACAACAAAUAACAAUUCUAAAUGCAAUCGCGUGUUAAUAACUGUUUUGACGGCCACAAUUAAAAAGAGCUACUAUUUUUAUUUCUCAAUCUCAACUCAUAAUUAAAACGCUCCUCCCAUUCGCCAUUCGAGUGCAUAGGAUAUAGUCACCGGUAGGCAGGCUAUCAGCGCGUCACCCACCGCUUUACAAUGUGAGCUUGAGGCAGUAUAAUUGUUUGAAACCUGAAUGUUUUACUUUACUUGAAAUAAUGAGGAAUGUCUUACCUUGCUUCAAAGUAGCCUAGACAAAAUUCAGCCCUAGAAAUGUUGAGGCAAUUAUUUUAGAAAAGACUUCCUCGUGCCAUUAACCAGCAUUUCUCUCCUGUUCUAUUGGUUUUCAUAUUAACUUUUUUGUUGUUGUCUGGAAGCCAAAGGCACAAUCCUAGUCAUAUUAGUAACCCAUCCCAGUUGUUGCUAUUAGAUUCCCCCUCUUUCUAAAUUUCUAACUGAGAUUUUAAUCUCUGUCACAUAUAGAAUCGUUCGCAUUAGGUGCGCUGUUUAGAACAGUGUUUCCCCACAAAUUGCAUUUUGGCGAAUGUUUGAAAAUGGCGUUUUAUUAGCUGCUUCAUUAACCUCUACGGGAUCGAUGUCCCGUAUACGGGAUGGUUGAGCUAACGGGCGCUAAUGUGAUUAGCAUGACUGUUGUAAGUAACAGCUAACUUUCCAGGACAUAGACAAGUCUUAUAUGGGCAGAAAGCUUAAAUUAUUGUUAAUCUAACUGCACUGUCCAAUUUACAGUAGCUAUUACAGUGAAAGAAUACAAUGCUAUUGUUUGAGGAGAGUGCACAACAACAAAAAACGUAUCAAGGCAACUGGUUUGAUACAUUCACCUCUGAAGGUAAAUAAUGUACUUACAUUCAGUAAUCUUGCUCUGAUUUGUCAUCCUAAGGGUCCCAGAGAUAAAAUGUAGCAUAGUUUUGUUUGAUAAAAUCUAUUUUUAUAUUCAAAUGUAGGAACUGGGUCUCUGGCUCCACACCCACCCCGCCCGGCCAUCUAGAUGUGUGAAAGUUAGUGUAUAAGCUAAUGAUCCAUCAUGUAUGACAUUCCUGGGAGUGUGUAAACUUACAUUUUGUAUUACCAUAUAAUUUUUGUAUGUUCUCUAUAGUUAUGUACUUGAAAAUGUAUCAAUUGACCAAUUCGGCACAUUUGGGCAGACUUGAUACAUAAUAGUCCAGUAUUGCAAUGCUUCACUGGGUCAAUCGGAAACUUUGCACACACACUGCUGCCAUCUAGUGGCCAAAAUCUAAAUUGCCAUCUAGUGGCCAAAAUCUAAAUUGCCAUCUAGUGGCCAAAAUCUAAAUUGUGCCUAAACUGCAAUAUCAUAUUGUGGCCUUUCUCUUUCAUUUCAUAGAUGGAACAAAAAGAAUCAUAGAAAACGCAUGUUUUUUUGUUUUGUAUCAUCUUUUACCAGAUCUAAUGUGUUAUAUUCUCCUACAUUAAUUUCAAAUUUCCACUCAUUUCAAAGUGUUUCCUUUCAAAUGGUAUCAAGAAUAUGCAUAUCCUUGCUUCAGGUCCUGAGCUACAGGCAGUUAGAUUUGGGUAUGUCAUUGUAGGUGAAAAUUGAAAAAAAGGGUCCGAUCCUUAAGAGGUUUUAAAGCAGUUGCAUGUUCAAUAAUAGGCUAUAGCCUUUUGACUAAGACGAUAGGCUUGCUAUUGUUGCAUGUUUUCAUUAAGCUCAAUGAAAAAUGUCUGUUCCUUGUAUGCAUGCAUAGUAUUUUCUGUUGGUCACGUCAUUUUACUGUUUGGAAAAAUAUAACCGUUAGUUGACCGGUUAAUGAGGGUUGGUUAGUCGGAAGCAGAAUUGACCGAAAUGUGCAUCGCUAAUUGGUACUAUUUCCAGUACUAGCACCUGAUUCCUGAUGGAUGGAUUGGAACGCACUGCAGUUAGUUCCAUACAAACACUGUCAACCAUUAGACAUGAAUCUCCUUCUCCUGAACUCACUCCUCUGACUGUCCUUCCCCUCCUCUCCCCCCAUACAGGUAGAGAUCCACGAGGAUUUCAUCCAGUCAUGUUUCGACCGUCUGAAGGCGUCGUAUGAUACGCUGUGUGUCCUGGAAGGGGACAAGGACAGCAUCAACUCGGCCCGGCAGGAGGCCGUCCGCAUGGUCCGCGUGCUCACCGUGCUCAAGGAGUACAUCAACGAGUGUGACAGUGACUACCAUGAGGAGAGGACCAUACUGCCAAUGUCCAGGUAGGGGAGGACAUAGGCAGACAGACAAUAAUGCACGCAGAAGCACUGAUAUUGAGCCUGUUUUCCUGACAUGUUUUCCCAUUUUGUCCUGUCCACCUCUCUCUCUUUCUCUCCGUCUGUCUGUCCUCUCUGCUCUCUCUCUUUUUCAUACAUUUAGAUAAUUGCUGAGACUUGGUUAAAAAAGUCUGUGCUAGACUGUGUCUCUCUGAAUGGAUAUAAUGUUUAUAGAUCUGACAGAGCUAGCAGAGGUGGGGGUGUCGCCAUAUUCACAAAGAACAACUUGAAUGUUGCUGUCUGUAUUACUAGCUCUAUCCACAAGCAAUUUGAAUGUCUUGUCCUAAAUGUGGGCCUUGGUAAUAAUGCCCAACUAACGUUAGUGGGAGUUUAUCGCCCUCCCAAUUGCCCUUAACAAAUUGUCUGAUUUGCUGUCUACCUAUGCUAAAUCUCAAUUAAUAUUGGGUGAUCUUAACCUGGAUUUGUUGAUUCCAGUAUCAGAUAGACUGGAGGAUAUUUGUACUGAGCUAAAUUUAAUUCAACUGAUGACUAAACCAACCCGCCCCAACUUAAAUCACCCUGAAAAAAUCGAGUAUUUUGGAUAUCCUUCUAACAUAAGUAUACAGUCAAACAGAAUCUUUGCUAACGAGCUCAGUGACCAUUGUCCCAUUGCAUGUAUUAGAGAUAAUAAGCUACUUAAAUCGUGUCCAGGCAUUAUUACAAAGAUACAUUUUAGAACUUUCAAUGAGGAACAUUUCCUGUAUGACCUGGGGCUGUAUGAUUUGGGGGGGUGUCCUCCAUCUCUGAUUCAGAUCAGGCCCUUAAAUGUUUUACCUCUGUUUAACUCUGUUGCGCGUAAGAAUGCCACAUAUAACAGAUUAAGAGUAAAGGACAGAUCUAACCCAUAGUUCACGCAUGAAUUGUCUGAAAGAUUUCAUGGAAGAAACUUAGCUUGGGCUAAGGUUAGAUUGACUGAUUCUACCUCUGACUGUCAGUCCUUCAGACAUUUGAGAAGUAGAUGUCUUACUGUGGGCAAAGUCAACAUACUUCUUGAAUUGUGUAUCUGAGAGUGGUGGAAAUCCAGCUAAAUUCUGGAAAGUGGUCAAAUCUUUUUAAAAAAACAAAAAAAAACGACCCCCCUCAUUUCCCCAGCAGGUUAUGACAGCCUCUGGUACCAUUAUAGAGGCGAAAUAAAUUAUACCCUGAUGAAGACAGCUUGUCUGUGGAAAUGUUGGUUAUUAGGAUAUUAAAUGAUUGCAUCUCUGAGCUCCUAGAGUGUGCGGCUUUCCUUUUCUUUUUCAAGCCUCUGGUACCAUAACAGAUCAAAAUGACAUUGGUGGUGCUAAUUGAUAGCCAUUUUGCCUCAGCUAGCCAUCCUUUUGAAAGAACGGUUUCUGAAAAUACCUUCAUUACUCCCUUUUCAUCCUUUAUUCAACUCUAAACAGAUACCAGAGAAUGAUGCUCUUCCAGGCACUCACUAUUUAUUUUAAUUAAUUUUGUACCAUUUAUUUGCAGGAAAAUGUAUGUACAAAAAAAUACACAGGAGCUGAUUCGCUUCAUCCCUUUCUACUGCAGCUUUCUCCCCGCCUCAUUGUAGAAUAUUUUACCCACAUUUUUUAUUCAACAAUUGCUUCUGGUGCUAUCCCUAAGACCUGGAAGGCGGUGCAUGUCCUCCCCCUUUACACAAGUGGAGGUCCUUCUGGCCUAGAUAACUACCGCCCAAUUUCUAAACUAUCUUACCUUGCAAAAAUAUUAGAAUCACUGGCAAACUCUCAGCUAAUAACUUUUUUCACUUCAAAUGAUAUUCUUAAUGUAUACCAGUCUGGUUUUAGACCAAGCUACGCUUGUCUUAAAUUAUAUACACUACCGGUCAAAAGUUUUAGAACACCUACUCAUUCAAGGGUUUUUCUUUAUUUUUACUAUUUGCUACAUUGUAGAAUAAUAGUGAAGACAUCAAAACUAUGAAAUAACACACAUGGAAUCAUGUAGUAACCAAAAAAUUGUUAAACAAAUCAAAAUAUAUUUUAUAUUUGAGAUUCUUCAAAUAGCCACCCUUUGCCUUGAUGACAGCUUUGCACACUCUUGGCAUUCUCGCAACCAGCUUCAUGAGGUAGUCACCUGGAAUGCAUUUCAAUUAACAGGUGUGUCUUCCUAAAAGUGAAUUUGUGGAAUUUCUUUCCUUAAUGCGUUUGAGCCAAUCAGUUGUGUUGUGACAAGGUGGGGGGGGGGGUAUACAGAAGAUAGCCCUAUUUGGUAAAAGACCAAGUCCAUAUUAUGGCAAGAACAGCUGAAAUAAGCAAAAGAGAAACGACAGUCCAUCAUUACUUUAAGACAUGAAGGGCAUUCAAUCCGGAAAAUUUGCAGUCGCAAAAACCAUCAAGCGCUAUGAUGAAACUGGCUCUCAUGAGGACCACCACAGGGAUGGAAGACCCAGAGUUACCUCUGCUGCAGAGGAUAAGUUCAUUAGCGUUACCAGCCUCAGAGAUUGCAGCCCAAAUAAAUGCUUCACAGAGUUCAAGUAACAGACGCAUCUCAACAUCAACUGUUCAGAUGAGACUGUUUGAAUCAGGCCUUCAUGGUCGAAUUGCUGCAAAGAAACCACUACUAAAUGACACCAAUAUGAAAUGAGACUUGCUUGGGCUAAGAAACACGAGCAAUGGUCUGGAGUCCAAAUUGUAGAUUUUUGGUUCCAACCGCCGUGUCUUUGUGAGACGCUGUGUGUGAAUGGAUGAUCUCCGCAUGUGUAUUUCGCACUGUAAAGCAUGGAGGAGGUGUUAUGGUGUGGGGGUGCUUUUUUGGUUACUACAUGAUUCCAUAUGUGUUAUUUCAUAGUUUUGAUGUCUUCACUAUUAUUCUACAAUGUAGAAAAUAGUAAAAAAUAAAGAAAAACCCUUAAAUGAGUAGGUGUUCUAAAACUUUUGACCGGUAGUGUAUUAAAUUGCUUAGAUCAUAGGAAUCACUGCUGCCAUAUUUGUAGACCUAUCUAAGGCCUUUGAUACUGUCGACCAUCCCCUACUCAUUCAAAGAUUGUCUGAAAUUGGCCUCGACCAGGUGUCUUGCAAGUGGUUUGGGAACUAUCUGUCAGACAGGACACUGUGUGCUUUCUGAUGUUGUCAAGUAACCUUGAUAUUACUAAAGGUGUCCCGCAGGGGUCGAUUUUGGGACCUGUCCUUUUUACAAUUUAUAUAAAUAAUAUUGGUCUAUCUGCAAAAACCUGUAACAUUCAUCUGUAUGUAUGCUGAUGACACUUAUGUACGCUAUUGCCCCUAUGACACCCCUAUUUAUGCAACUGCCCCCAAUUGUUGUAGCUGCAAUCUGAUUUUGUUGCCUUGCUGAUAAAAAAAAAAAAAAAAAAACGAAAUGUAUGCUGUUUUGUAAUUCUCAUUGAAAUAUAUAUUUCAGAUGGCUUACACAUUUAUGCAUUGGAUGGGUGUUUCAUCGAGCAGGUUCCCGCCUAUAAAUAUCUGGCCUUUUGGAUUGACAAUAAUUUGCAGUUUUAAAAAAACAUACCGAUGGGCAAGUUAAGAAGCUGAGAUUUAAAGUAGGCUUUUUCUAAUAGAAAUAGAUCAUGCCUCUCCCUAAACAGCAGGAAGCAGAUUGUACAGUCAACUUUCCUGCCAGUUCAUGACUACACCUUUUAUCAUAGUGCCCUUGGCUUUAUCACCGGUUACAGUUUUAAAACGCAUCACUGCAUCAUGUAUCAAAAGGUUGGCUGGUCCUCAUUAAAGUCCCGUAGAUGUCUUCAUUACUUCGUUUUUGUUUACAAAGUGCUACUACACAAGCUUCCUACCUCAUUUCACUGUUAAAAUAAAAAAAAUAUGAGACACCAAACCCGUUCACAGGGAUGGUUAACUCUCCAAGUUCCACUAGUGCGUACCGUUGUAGGUAAAUCCGCUUUCACUUUUAGUGCUGCCCCAGUUUUUAGAAUAGCUUAUAAAACUCCCUACGUCUUGACACCCUGGUGCUGCUAGGGAAGUUUAGGACUUUAAUGUUGUAUGAAUUGAAUGACAAUUGCCACUGUUUGGAUUGGAUAAUUGUAUUUGUGGUGUUUGAAGCUGUAGUGUUGAUUCUGUAAUUUGUAUUUUAUUUUUACUGAUCAUUUUGAAUUUGUUGUAUUGUUGUCCUCAGGGCACCAUUUGGAAAUGAGACCCUGGUCUCAAUGGGUUCCCCUGAAUAAAGUUAGGUAAAAAUCUCCUCUCUCUCCUUUCUCUCAGGGCGUUCCGGGGGAAGCACAUCACGUUGAUUGUGCGUUUCCCUAACCAGGGCCGUCAGGUGGAUGACCUGGACAUCUGGUCUCACACCAACGACACCAUUGGCUCGGUGCGCCGCGGCAUCCUCACACGCAUCAAGGCCAACGCCACGCACACCAAGAUAGAGCUCUUCAUUGGCGGGGAGGUCAUCGACCCGGCCGACGACAGGAAGCUGAUUGGCCAGCUCAACCUGAAAGACAAAGCGGUGAGCGUAAUGUUUUGACGAGUCACAUUCUUUCUUCCUCUGGUCUUGACAGUUUAUUUUUUGUGUAGGUUAGAGUUUGGGUAAUGUUUCUGUGAUUAUUUAUACAAAAUGGUUUGUCUGAUGUCUUAUAUUCUCCCAUGUGCGUGCGUGUGUGUAGUUGAUCACAGCCAAGCUGACCCAGGUGAGUGCCAACAUGCCCUCCAGCCCAGACAGCUCCUCGGACUCUUCCACUGGCUCACCUGGUAACCACGGCAACCACUUCAGCGAAGGGCCCAAUCCCGAGGUGGAGAGCUGUCUCCCUGGAGUGGUGAGUGAAUUUAAACACUCUCACAGCUGCUUCCCCAGAGUGGCUCGUCACCCCUCUCAUGUUAUUUCGUCAGUCACCGUUACUUGGGAAGGGUGCCUAGCUCUCUUGGUCCCUGCCUAGAAAACAAUUCAAAUUGUUGCCUUUGAUAGGAAAGCAUCCAGAUAGUAGAAAGUCUCCUUUGUCAAAAGGCCAUAUUCAGCUACAGGGGCUCUGCAGUUUCUACUGUUCUCUAGUCCACAGUCCACACUUGUAACUACUGUCAUCAAAACAAGUUUGUCUCAAAAAGGUGGAUGUCUGGCCUAUCGGUGCAUUAUUGCAGAUGAGUAAAUGGACCAGAGCUAACCCCUUGUCUCUUCUCUCUGGUCUCUCUCUCUGUCUUCAGAUCAUGUCUCUCCACCUGCGCUACAUCUCCUUCCUGUGGCAGGUAGCAGACCAGGGCUGUAGCCUCAACAUGCAUCUGCUGCGAGACGGAGCCAGAGUACUCAUGAAGCUCAUGCCUCCAGGUACAAUAUUCUCUGUGGGACAUAUGGGCCGUGCCUCGAUUCUCCAACCUUCUCCUGAAAUGUGCACUUGCACACUCCUCGUCAUGGAUUUAAAAAUAUUGGGUUGGGAUAGUUUUCCGGCAUUGUUAAAUCUAUGAUGGGAAGCGUGCAAGUACACAUUUCAGGAGAAAGUUGGAGAAUUGGGAUGAAGCCAUAGAUGGGUUUCUUUCAUGAAAAUGCUAUAUUUUUCUCAAAGAUGUGAAUUUGGCUGAAUAUUUACCAAGCCUGCACGGGUGGAGAAAUGUGAGAUGUGUAUAUGACCGAUAUACAGGUAACAGCCAAAAUAAAGAUAAUAAAGCUCCACAAGUGUUCAGUUGGGUUGCGAUCUAGUGACUGAAACACACACACACCCUUUAAACCCCCUUUGAUCCUUUGAGACUCCUCUUUCAAAGUCACUGAGAUCUCUUCUAGCCAUGAUAGACAAAAUAAUGUCUCACUCACUCACCGGCCAGUUUAUUAGGUACACACAUCUAGUACCGGGUCGGACCCCCCUUUUGCCUCCAGAACAGCCUGAAUUCUUCGGGGCAUUCUACAAGGUGUCGGAAACAUUCCAUAGGGAUGUUGGUCCAUGCUGACCCAAUGGCAUCACACGGUUACAGCAGAUUGGACGGCGGUACAUUCAUGCUGUGAACAACCCGUUCUAUCUCACCACAAAGAUACUCUAUUGGGUUGAGGUCUGUGGACUGCGUAGGCCACUCAAGUAAACUGAACUCGCUGUCAGGUGAUGUUUUUCCACUCCUCAAUAGUCCAGUGUUGGUGAUCGCGUGCCCACUGGAGCCGCUUCUUCUUGUUUUUAGCUGAUAGGAGUGGAACCCGGUGUGGUCAUGUGCUGCAAUAGCCCAUCCGUGACAAAGAUCGACAAGUUGUGCGUUCUGAGAUGCUGUUUUUCACAACGCUGUUGUACUGCGCCGUUAUUUGUCUGUCUGUGGCCUGCCUGUUAGCUUGCAAGAUUCUUGCAAUUCUCUUUCGAACCCCCCUCAUCAACGAGCUGUUUUCGCCCACAGGACUGCUGCUGACUAAAUGUUUUUUGUUUGUCGCACCAUUCACGGUAAACCGUAGACACUAUCGUGCAUGAAAAGCCCAGGAGGGCGGACGUUUCUGAGAUACUGGAUCCGGCGCGCCUGGUAUUGACGAUCAUACCACGCUCAGUCGCUUAGGUCACUCGUUUUGCCCAUUCUGACGUUCAAUCGAACAGUAACUGAAUGCCUCAAAGCCUGUCUGCCUGCUUUAAAUAGCAAGACACGGCCAUAUGACCCACUGUCUGUAGGAGUGAUCCAUUUUCUUAAACUGGGUGGUGUACCUAAUAAACUGGUCAGUGAGUAUACUGUAUAGAAGCUGUUGAUUGUGUUUGUGUAGAUGACAGUACAGUAUAGAACCUGUUGUUCAUGUAGAUGACAGUACAGUAUAGAACCUGUUGAUUGUGUUUGUGUAGAUGACAGUACAGUAUAGAAGCUGUUGAUUGUGUUUGUGUAGAUGACAGUACAGUAUAGAACCUGGUGAUUUGUGUUUGUGUAGAUAACAAUACAGUACAGAACCUGUUGAUAGUGUAGAUGACAGUACAGUACAGAACCUGGUGAUUUGUGUUUGUGUAGAUAACAGUACCGUGGAGAGCCUGCGUGGUGUGUGUCUGGACCAUGCCAAGCUGGGAGAGAACGGCCUCAGCCCCACACUGGACUCGCGCUUCUUUGGCCCCUCGCCAUCACAAGUCCUCUACCUCAUAGAGGUGGGUCUCAUCGUGUGUGUAUGUGGUCGCUGCUGAUUGACUGUCUCAUCAUUACCAUAGCAGGUGCUGUACACUUUGCUCUCUGUUGACCAGUUCCACUGUGUGUACAUCUCUCUUCCCCUACCCACCUUAGGUGGUGUAUGUGUUGCUCAUGCCAGCCAGCUCCACAUUGGGUGAGGACGCCAGCGACUUCCAGUACAACUUCCUGAAGAGUGGCGGGCUGCCGCUGGUACUGAGCAUGCUCACACGGAACAACUUCCUGCCGUCGGCCGACAUGGAGACACGGCGAGGGGCGUACCUCGACGCUCUUAAGAUCGGCAAACUGCUACUCACCGCUGUUGGGUUCGGACACGUCAAAGCCGUGGCCGAGGCCUGCCAGCCCAACGCUGAGGGGACCACACCCAUCUCACCGGUUACUUAGUUACUCAGUUAUACAUACACACACACACACACAAACGCAUGCGUGUGAAGUAGAACUAGGAUUGUGACAGCCGUGUCGAUGUUAACAUCCUCUUUCCCUUUCUUCAGAUCAACCAGGCCACUCAUGACCAAGCCCUGGUCCUCCAGAGUGCCCUGCAGAACAUCCCCAACCCUGCUUCUGAGUGCAUGCUCCGCAACGUAGCUAUACGCCUGGCCCAACAGAUCUCUGACGAGGUGAGAGGGGAAGGGGGGGGGGGGUAAAUCUAGGGAGGGAGAGACUGAAGAGAAAGCUGAAUAAGGAAUAAAAAGAGGAGAUAGGAGGAGAGACAUUAUGUAGGCUACUAUGUUAUUGACUGUAAUAUCUCCUCUAAUUUAAGUCUCUCCCCCUCCCUCCCGUCCCUCCCAGAACUUCUUCCAGGCGUCGAAGUAUAUCCCUGACAUCUGUGUGAUCCGGGCAGUGCAGAAGAUAGUGUGGGCUUCAGGCUGUGGCACCAUACAGCUGGUCUUCAGCUCCAACGACGAGAUCAGCAAGAUCUAUGAGAAGGUACCUACUGUGUAGCUGUUUAUCAUUCCACCAUCAGUCCAUUGAUGAAUUGAUGUUAUCUACUUUUAUUUAGGUCUCAGUCUGAGGAGAUUGUAGUGGGGUGUUGUGUGUAGGCCACUGCCACUCAUUGAGUUUAUUUGUAUUGACACAAGUGUUUUGUCGUCAGUGUAUCUUCUUCCUUGAUAAGGCUGUUUUUUUUGUUUGGCCUGUACAGUCACAGAUCUGUUUGUUGUGUUUGGCCUGUACAGUCACAUAUCUGUUUGUUGUGUUUGGCCUGUACAGUCACAGUUGAGUGUUUCUGUCGUACUUGUUCUGUAAGUGGGAUGACGAGGUGUGUGUGUGUGUGUGUGUGUGCUUGGUUGGUGCUUACUGAGGUGAAUAAUAGGUUGAUUAUGUGCACUGUGCACCUGCUGUUUACUUCCUGAAAUACAGAGAAGAGGUUAGUGUGUUGUAAACUCACAGCGGUGUGUUUGUUCUCCCCCUCUACAGACGAACAUGGGUAAGGAGCCGGACGGGGAGGAUGAGCAGGUGUGCUGUGAGGCCCUGGAGGUCAUGACCCUGUGUUUCGCUCUGCUGCCCACCGCUCUGGACACACUCAGUAAGGAGAAGGCCUGGCAGACCUUCAUCAUAGACCUGCUACUGCACUGCCACAGCAAGUAUGUACCCCCGCUGUCUGUCUUGUCUUUCUAUCAGAUGUUUUAGCGUUGAGUUGGAGCAAAAGCCUGCCACUCCUCAAGGAUGUUUGCCACUGGUGUACCACAUUGGUCUCUGUCUAACUGCUUUGUGUAGUGGACGAGCAUAUGGGGCUGUCUGUGUCUAUGGUAAUAAUGGUCCUCUCUGAUCUGUCCCCAGGUCAGUUGGUAGAUUGAUGGAUUAGUUUGUCUGUGGUUUAAUUGUCUUCUCUGAUCUAUUUCCAGGUCAGUUCGUCAGAUGGCCCAGGAGCAGUUCUUCCUCAUGGCCACCAGGUGUUGCAUGGGCCACCGACCCCUCCUCUUCUUCAUCACCCUCCUCUUCACUGUGCUGGGGGUACGUAGUAGCACCUCUCUGUUCACUGUGCUGGGGGUACGUAGCAGCACCUCUCUGUUCACUGUGCUGGGGGUACGUAGCAGCACCUCUCUGUUCACUGUGCUGGGGGUACGUAGCAGCACCUCUCUGUUCACUGUGCUGGGGGUACGUAGCAGCACCUCUCUGUUCACUGUGCUGGGGGUACGUAGCAGCACCUCUCUGUUCACUGUGCUGGGGGUACGUAGCAGCACCUGUCUGUUCACUGUGCUGGGGGUACGUAGCAGCACCUCUCUGUUCACUGUGCUGGGGGUACGUAGCAGCACCUCUCUGUUCACUGUGCUGGGGGUACGUAGCAGCACCUCUGCUCAUUACGAUCACUGCAAUUAUGGCCCUGUUCAAAUACAUUGAACUUGUACCCUUAACAUCUUCAUUCGUUGAAGUAAAUCCCAAAUAAUAAUAAGCAAAGGGUCUAUUCUAUCAUAGCUUUCACCUAUCCAGCCAUGUCAGAGCACUGAUCACUUCUAUGAAGGGGAGGAUGGAAGUAUGCAUGUAUAAAGUAGGGGUUUAGAAAGCUGUUCAUUGGUUUUCCUGGCUUUUCAACAGAUCUUUAAAGCGCAACGGAAGGCAAUACACUUAUCUGAUAGAAAACGGCCUAUGUGGCAUCGAUAUUAGUCAAACAUUUAUUCUAGUGUAAAUUUACUACAAAGUGUAAAUAGGAUUAUUUUGGUCAUAAAGUCAGUCUCGUCCAAAACAGAGUAUUGUGAGUUCGUCAUGACUUGCUUGAGGGUUGGGUUUUGAUUUCGUCAAUGCUCACAUGCCCACUAACACAACACACAGACAGACAGUGAGACAGACCUGUCCAUCAGCGCAGCAGAUCUGACUUUGUUUACAUAAGACAACACGUCGCAAAUUUUUUUACUUGAGAAAUACUGCACCAAACACCUUAGCUAGAUGUAAAAUUGUGUAGAUAAAACCUCCUCGGGGAAAAAAAGUCAAACUUAUUUUGAUUUCAUGAGUUAUCUUAGAUUCAUACACAAAAAUGUAUGCACGCACGACUGUAAGUCGCUUUGGAUAAAAGCGUCUGCUAAAUGGCAUAUUAUAUUAUUAUUCAGACUAUUUUCAGGAAGUGAUACCAGCUUUAUUCAAAAAAUUGUGUAAAUAAUUUUUUGAAUGGUAAUGUUUUCAAUGUAAACUUAAAUUACAAAAUAUCAAGUAUCUAGAAAAUAUUUUGAUUUUGUAAUUAUGUUUGAGUCACUCAGAUAGCAUAAGAACACUGGCAAAAUGUGCAAAACUCAUUUUGUUGGCUGAUGAAAAGUAAAUGUGGACAGUUCUUAAAAUAUCUUCAAUAUGCGCCUCGGAAUUAGAUAAGGACGCGCGCAGUUGCGUCCCCGAUGUGUCUGUCUUCACUUGUAGCCUGUGAGAAAGACCCGAUAACGAGGUGCUUCGGAGCAUGCAGCCGGGAGAAGGGAAUUAUAAUUAUUAUAUUCAGCCCAAGGGCACAAUGGACACAACGGCCACAACCCUCCCUCAAAUCGUUUGGAGAAAAUAUCCUUUCUAUUUUAUUCAGCUUUGUUCAAUUGUAUUCUUCAUACUAUAAAAUGUCACAGAAUUCUAAGCAAAUCUUUUCUGCUAAAUGAACUAGUGUAGCCCACAGCCAUAUGGUAUAGCCAGAUCAGGGCCUAGCAUAAGGACAACUCAGAGUAUGCUAUUCUGUUGUUCUGAAGUAGACUAAAACAAAUAAUGGAUUUAUUAGACUUUUUUUUAAUGUAGAUGUUCCAAAGUUCUGCAUCAGUGGCUUGUAGGCUAUGCGUGGAAGCCAGGAGAUGCUAAAUGUGUUUAUGUCAAUUACCGUGAGAUCGCCAGUUAUUUGCUUGACAAUCACCGGGUGACAAAAUGUCAUGAAUGCCACAGCACCAGCCACACCCCCACCACGCCUACCACCUAAGCCUCAUUUUGAUCCAGAAAACAACCUGCAGGUAAUACAGUGGGGAGAACAAGUAUUUGAUACACUGCCGAUUUUGCAGGUUUUCCUACUUACAAAGUAUGUAGAGGUCUGUAAUUUUUAUCAUAGGUACACUUCAACUGUGAGAGACGGAAUCUAAAACAAAAAUCCAGAAAAUCACAUUGUAUGAUUUUUAAGUAAUUAAUUUGCAUUGUAUUGCAUGACAUAAGUAUUUGAUACAUCAGAAAAGCAGAACUUAAUAUUUGGUACAGAAACCUUUGUUUGCAAUUACAGAGAUCAUACGUUUCCUGUAGGUCUUGACCAGGUUUGCACACACUGCAGCAGGGAUUUUGGCCCACUCCUCCAUACAGACCUUCUCCAGAUCCUUCAGGUUCGGGGCUGUCGCUGGGCAAUACGGACUUUCAGCUCCCUCCAAAGAUUUUCUAUUGGGUUCAGGUCUGGAGACUGGCUAGGCCACUCCAGGACCUUGAGAUGCUUCUUACGGAGCCACUCCUUAGUUGCCCUGGCUGUGUGUUUCGGGUCGUUGUCAUGCUGGAAGACCCAGCCACGACCCAUCUUCAAUGCUCUUACUGAGGGAAGGAGGUUGUUGGCCAAGAUCUCGCGAUACAUGGCCCCAUCCAUCCUCCCCUCAAUACGGUGCAGUCGUCCUGUCCCCUUUGCAGAAAAGCAUCCCCAAAGAAUGAUGUUUCCACCUCCAUGCUUCACGGUUGGGAUGGUGUUCUUGGGGUUGUACUCAUCCUUCUUCUUCCUCCAAAUACGGCGAGUGGAGUUUAGACCAAAAAGCUCAUCAGACCACAUGACCUUCUCCCAUUCCUCCUCUGGAUCAUCCAGAUGGUCAUUGGCAAACUUCAGACGGGCCUGGACAUGCGCUGGCUUGAGCAGGGGGACCUUGCGUGCGCUGCAGGAUUUUAAUACAUGACGGCAUAGUGUGUUACUAAUGGUUUUCUUUGAGACUGUGGUCCCAGCUCUCUUCAGGUCAUUGACCAGGUCCUGCCGUGUAGUUCUGGGCUGAUCCCUCACCUUCCUCAUGAUCAUUGAUGCCCCACGAGGUGAGAUCUUGCAUGGAGCCCCAGACCGAGGGUGAUUCACCGUCAUCUUGAACUUCUUCCAUUUUCUAAUAAUUGCGCCAACAGUUGUUGCCUUCUCACCAAGCUGCUUGCCUAUUGUCCUGUAGCCCAUCCCAGCCUUGUGCAGGUCUACAAUUUUAUCCCUGAUGUCCUUACACAGCUCUCUGGUCUUGGCCAUUGUGGAGAGGUUGGAGUCUGUUUGAUUGAGUGUGUGGACAGGUGUCUUUUAUACAGGUAAGGAGUUCAAACAGGUGCAGUUAAGACAGGUAAUGAGUGGAGAACAGGAGCGCUUCUUAAAGAAAAACUAACAGGUCUGUGAGAGCCGGAAUUCUUACUUGUUGGUAGGUGAUCAAAUACUUAUGUCAUGCAAUAAAAUCCAAAUUAAUUACUUAAAAAUCAUACAAUGUGAUUUUCUGGAUUUUUGUUUUAGAUUCUGUCUUUCACAGUUGAAGUGUACCUAUGAUAAAAAUUACAGACCUCUACAUGAUUUGUAAGUAGGAAAACCUGCAAAAUCGGCAGUGUAUCAAAUACUUGUUCUCCCCACUGUACAUGUGUAAAGCACAGUACUAUUAGGGUGUCCACCCACUCUGCUCAGAGUGGGUGAAAACGCGCUUGGUGAUGACAUUUCACUUCCUAAUGUUAUUAAAUACAUUUUACCAAGACAAAUAUGAUUCUUCGUGUUCUGAAUCGUUCAUACAUCCGAUAAUAAGCACCGAGCUCUGUUGACAGAUAGUAAAAUUAGCACGACACAAGCUUAAUUAAAUGGAAAAAGCUUUGAAAAUAAAAAGCUUGCGAUACACUGUUCCGUUGACAUUUCACUGAGAAGCUUGUUUUUGUAAGACGACCUCUGAAAAAAGAACAAACUUCGCAUUAACAUGAACAGCGUAUACUAAAAUAUGAAAAUACUACAUGUAAUGUCUCAAUGAUAUAUAUCUUAACUCUAUACUGGAUUUGAGUAGAAAGAUGACCAGUUCAAUAGUGAGCCUGUCAGGUAGCCAGUAGAAAGAUGACCAGUUCAAUAGUGAGCCUGUCAGGUAGCCAGUAGAAAGAUGACCAGUUCAAUAGUGAGCCUGUCAGGUAGCCAGUAGAAAGAUGACCAGUUCAAUAGUGAGCCUGUCAGGUAGCCAGUAGAAAGAUGACCAGUUCAAUAGUGAGCCUGUCAGGUAGCCAGUAGAAAGAUGACCAGUUCAAUAGUGAGCCUGUCAGGUAGCCAGUAGAAAGACGACCAGUUCAAUAGUGAGCCUGUCAGGUAGCCAGUAGAAAGAUGACCAGUUCAAUAGUGAGCCUGUCAGGUAGCCAGUAGAAAGAUGACCAGUUCAAUAGUGAGCCUGUCAGGUAGCCAGUAGCCUUCAUUCUCUCACAGCAUCCAGCCUAGCUGACACCAUGCUAUUUCCAGAUUUUUAAUCACCUUUUUUCUCUGGCCAUUGAUUUAGUCGCCCUAAUUUUGACCUCCCUACGAGGGUAAAAACUCCAAUAAAUUUUGAACUGAUUAUGAUAGCGACAUGAGGUUUGGACCAUUGGUUUUCUUAGAGGAUUAUCUACACAAUUAACAUUUUACCCAUUGGUCAAAAUAUGGUGUUUUUGAUUGGACACCCUAUACUAAAGUUAAUUGACAUGUCUUCCAGAGCACAGCUAAGGAACGGGCCAAGCAUGCUGGGGACUACUUCACCCUGCUCAGGCACCUCCUGAACUAUGCCUACAACAGCAACAUCAACCUGCCCAACGCAGAGGUGCUUCUCAACAACGAGAUCGACUGGCUCAAGAGGAUCAGGGUACGACCAUGUUGUUCCAGCCUGACAUUGUGUAAUAAUGAAUAACCGCCCUGAGCUUUGUGUAGAGUUAAUUGCAGCUCAUGGCUGAGGUUCUAGUCGUUGGUCAGACUUUGGCUGUAUUCAUUAGGGCACACGUUAGCAGAAUGUUAAUCAUGGAAAACAAAAGCAAGCGGUUGUUAUACGACAAGUACAUGUAGUCCCCCUAUCUCUGUUUGCUUCUGAUUGGUGCUUAAUGAAUAUGACCCUGGUUGUGACUAAUAUGCGUGUGCCUCUGCGUGUGUGUCUCUGCGUGCGUGUGUGUGUCUCUGCGUGCGUGUGUGUCUCUGCGUGCGCGUGUGUGUCUCUCUGCGUGCGUGUGUGUGUGUCUCUGCGUGUGUGUGUGUGUGUCUCUGUGUGUGUGUGUGUGUGUCUCUGCGUGCGUGUGUGUGUCUCUGCGUGCGUGUGUGUGUGUGUCUCUCUGCGUGUGUGUGUCUCUGUGUUUGUGUCCCAGGAUGAGGUGAAGAGAACAGGGGAGACGGGCGUUGAGGAGACCAUCCUGGAGGGCCACAUCGGAGUUACCAAGGAGCUGCUGGCCUUCCAAACACCAGAGAAGAAGUACUACAUCGGCUGUGAGAAGGGAGGGGCCAACCUCAUCAAGGUAGGCUGGCACAUCCAUUUUGUAUUGUAUUGACUCUUUCUACUUAUUCACCAACUUGGCCCUUGACAACAUUUGAUUUGGCCCGCCAGAGGCUUCCAGCAGGACCUUAUGUAGUGAUAAACAAUGUUUUUUCUUGUUUUAGCAUUGAUCUUCAUAUCUGAAUGUGGCUAUAAUAAAUGUGUUGCAAGGCAGUAAAUGUUGCUUUCUUACCCUGUAUUAACUAACUCUCUCUCUCCGCUCUCUCCCUUCUCUCCAGGAGUUGAUAGACGACUUCAUCUUCCCAGCGUCUAACGUGUACCUGCAGUACAUGAAGAGUGGGGAGUUCCCUACGGAGCAGGCCAUCCCUGUCUGCAGCAGCCCUGCCUCCAUCAACGCAGGCUUCGAGCUGCUGGUGGCUCUGGCAGUGAGCUGUGUCCGGAACCUCAAGCAGAUCGUCGACAUGCUCACUGACAUGUACUACCUAGGUAUUGAUUGUCUGAUUCAUUGAUUUAUUGAUUUGUUUGCCCUGUACAGUGGAACCAAUGGAAGCUCCAAGUGAAGCCCACCUAAAAUAUUUGAGACAUUUGACCCAGGUCGUUGCCUCCCCUCCCCUGUCAGGUGUGAAGCCCACAUAUACAUUUUAUUGUCUGUGUUUGAUCAACAGGUUGUGAGGCUCUGACAGAGUGGGAGUACCUCCCCCCAGUGGGACCGCGGCCCACCAAAGGCUUUGUGGGGCUGAAGAACGCCGGGGCUACCUGCUACAUGAACUCGGUCAUCCAGCAGCUCUACAUGAUCCCCCCCAUCCGGAACGGCGUCCUGGCCGUGGAGGGCACCGGCACCGACGUGGACGAUGACAUGUCCGGCGAUGAGAAGCAGGAGAACGAGGUAACGCAGGAGAGAGAGGUAACAAGGAACAGGUUUGGUCAUAGGAGUGAUGUUUUAAUUGUUUGUUGGUUGAUCCGUGUUUCGUCUGCUUCUUUAAAAAGCUGCAGUUGGUACUGUUGUCAUUCAUUCAUUCAUUCAUAGGUACUGUUGUCAUUCAUUCAUAGUUGUCAUUCAUAGUUUAAUCAUAAUCAAUGUGGGGUGUUUCAUUUAAAAUGUUUUUUUCCCAAUUGUGUCCUAAUGAACAGGACCCAGCUUAACCCUGUGUGUCCCUCGGCCCCCUACAGAGUAACGCAGACCCGCGGGAUGAGGUGUUCAGCUACAACCAGCAGAUUGACGACAAGCCAUCGCUCAGUAAGUCAGAGGACAGGAAGGAGUACAACAUUGGGGUGCUGCGCCACCUGCAGGUCAUCUUUGGUCACCUGGCCUCCUCCAGACUGCAGUACUAUGUACCCCGGGGCUUCUGGAAACAGUUCAGGUCAGUGGAGACUGGAGGGGAGAGAUUGAUUUACCUGGUUUGGGAGGAAAAAGAUGGGUAAAAUAUGUACCAGUAUGUUAAAUACAAUCAAACACUUGACCGACGCUGGAUUUAGUUUGCCCUGUACAAUGGAACCAAUAGUUUAGUCCCACCUUUCCUCCCCAUCUCCCGUCCCUCUCUCCCACCAUCUCUUCUAAUCUCACCCACGUAACCCCCCCCUCCUGUAGGUUAUGGGGUGAGCCGGUGAACCUGCGAGAGCAGCACGAUGCCCUGGAGUUCUUCAACUCCCUAGUGGACAGUCUGGACGAGGCUCUGAAGGCCCUGGGUCACCCGGCCACGCUUAGCAAGGUGCUGGGGGGAUCCUUCGCCGACCAGAAGAUCUGCCAGGGGUGCCCACAUAGGUAACACACACACACUGCACCUUGGGAAAAUAUCUCAAAUCAAUUAUAUCUUCGCAAAUCGUAACUGUAACCAUUAGAGUGGAGAAUGUGAAACUGACUUGAGAUCAGGUCUAGGGGCAACAUGGACUAAUACUUAUUGUUAGCGCACCUGAGGAUAAUUGAUUUGAAAAUGUCAAUUUCUGCACAGAGAGAGAUUUGUAGUGGUUUAAUUAGAGCUGGGAGAUAUGACCUAAAAAUCAUAUCUCGAUUUGGGCGAUUCACAAUAUAUAUCUAAAAAAUAAAAAUAAAAUGUAUUUUUAAUGUUUUCUCUAAAUAAGCGUUGUUGUACAAUUAAAGGUCAAAUACACUGCGUUUCAAACAGUCUGCAAUAAUCUAAUGAAUUCAGGGCUUGUGAAGUUACACCUAGGCUAAAUAUAAGUCUUCCACAACCAUAAGACCCACUAAUAAUUUAAUUAUUUUAUCAAAAUAGUUCAACCUGCUUUUUUUUUUUCAAUAAUAAUCACUGAUCUGGCUUUCAAGGCUGUCUAUGAAAAUGCCCUUUUGUUAAAAAUGUAACCAGAACCAUGAAUAAACACAUUCACUAAUAAAUUACUAACUUCUUGUAGCAGGAAUUAGGCUAUAAAACAUUUACACAGGUCUCAUCAACAAUCUCUCAAGCCAACGUGCUAGUGAUUAGCCAGCUAAUCUUUAUUAUUUCAAGUUUAGCCAACUUGGAUCUAUUUGCUAGCUAACAAGGUUGAACAGUUGAAUUGUUAUGAACACACCCUUCUGUCUGCCUCCAACUGUUUGAAAAGCAUGUUAGCUUGUCCACUUUGUUCAGAUGUUGAAAUCAAGUGGCCUACCUUACUUCUCAGAAUGAGAAUGAGUUGAUAGUUCCUUAUAUAAGUGUUUUAUGCUUAUUGCACAUUUAUAAAACACAGACUAGACAGCUAUUAUAACAGUCUUUGGCUAAAAUGCUGAUAGCGGUACGUGGUACCCCAAUGCUGCACGCGACAAACUGAGCAUUCAUUUUUCAGAAUCAAUGUUCAUUGAUACUCUUGUUUUAGUAGUGUCUGCUCUGCACGCAAUUUGAGUAGUUGAGAAAUAAAAAGGGCAUCGUUAGACAAGUUAACUUCUCCUCUAUUACAGUAAAAUAAUGUCUCAAUGUGUUUUGGUGUCCAUAUGACCGAUUCUGUUAGACCAAACCUCAAAUGCAAACAGCGAGUUGAAACCGCUUGUCAGAGAGGAAGACGUGAUCUUUCAACUUUGUUGGCUUGAGAGGCAGGGGGAGGGGCUUGGCGUGUGUGUAAACCAUAGAGGAAGAGGCCAACUAAAAUCUGUCCAAAAUAAGCCCAAUGCGUUUCUAUGGGCUUAUUUAGGAUCUAAGCUUGUCGCCUGCCUUCCCGCCUUUGGGACAACGACUCCCAUUAUUAGGGUGGAGACGUGCAUCUCGUCAUUAUAUACAGAUCUCUGGUGUAAAUGGGAAGGUGCACACAGCACAGAGGAGUGAGGUAGACGAGACCAAAAAUACAACAUGAAAACAAGCGGACAUAAACGCUCAUGAAAAUACAAAAUAACAACCUUGAUUCUUGCGAUUCAAGCAUUUGGAAUAUCGCGAUAAAACAUGAAUUUGAAUUAAUUGUAUAUAUCGCCCAGCCCUAGGUUUAAUAUGAGGCUGCUACAGUGUUGGUGGUAACUUAUGUGGAUACUGUGUGUUCAUGUGUGCGUGCUCCAGGUAUGAGUGUGAGGAGUCGUUCACCACUCUGAAUGUAGACAUCAGGAACCACCAGAACCUGUUGGACUCUAUGGAGCAGUACGUCAAAGGAGACCUUCUGGAGGGAGCCAAUGCAUACCACUGUGAGAAGUGCAACAAGAAGGUUAGACACAACUCACUUUGGCCUAAUUAGUCAGGGAAGUGAAGUGAAUGUCUGUUGUCAGAACUCUGUUCAGGAGCCGGAGAUGGCUCUAACUGGGGUAGUCCUGCUCUGUUUGAUCGUUUAACUGUGGUUGGUCUACUGUGGUUGGUCUACUGUAUAGUCUAUUUCUGAACCACUCCAAACAAUAUAUUCUAAUCAGAUCUUGCAAUUGAAAUAGACCAAUAGCCCUUUUUCCAACCAGCUACAGCGCAUUCGGAAAGUAUUCAGACCCCUUGACUUUUCCACAUUUUGUUACGUUACAGCCUUAUUCUAAAAUUGAUUAAAUUGUUUAUUCCCUCAUCAAUCUACACACAAUACCCCCAUAAUGACAAAGCGAAAACAGUUUUUUUGUGUGCAAAUUUAUUUAAAAUAAAAAAACUGAUAUUACAUUUACAUAAGUAUUCAGACCCUUUACUUAUUACUUUGUUGAAGCACCUUUGGCAACGAUUACAGCCUCGAGUCUUCUUGGGUAUGACGCUACAGGCUUGGCACACCUGUAUUUGGGGAGUUUCUCCCAUUCUUCUCUGCAGAUCCUCUCAAGCUCUGUCAGGUUGGAUGGGGAGUGUCGCUGCACAGCUAUUUUCAGGUCUCUCCAGAGAUGUUUGAUCGGGUUCAAGUCCGGGCUCUGGCUGGGCCACUCAACGACAUUCAGAGACUUGUCCCGAAGCCACUCCUGCGUUGUCUUGGAUGUUGGAAGGUGAACCUUCGUCCCAGUCAGAGGUCCUGAGCGCUCUGGAGCAGGUUUUCAUCAAGGAUCUCUCUGUACUUUGCUCCGUUCAUCUUUCCUUUGAUCCUGACUAGUCUCCCAGUCCCUGCCGCUGAAAAACAUCCCCACAGCAUGAUGCUGCCACCACUAUGCUUCACCGUAGGGAUGGUAUCAGGUUUCCUCCAGACGUGACACUUGGCAUUCAGGCCAAAGAGUUCAAUCUUGGUUUCAUCAGACCAGAGUAUCUUGUUUCUCAUGGUCAGAGAGUCCUUUAGGUGCCUUUUGGCAAACUCCAAGCGGGCUGUCAUGUGCCUUUUACUGAGGAGUGGCUUCCGUCUGGCCACUCUACCAUAAAGGCCUGAUUGGUGGAGUGCUGCAGAGAUGGUUGUCAUUCUGGAAGGUUCUCCCAUCUCCACAGAGGAACUCUGGAGCUCUGUCAGUGACCAUCGGGUUCUUGGUCACCUCCCUGACCAAGGCCCUUCUCCUCCAAUUGCUCAGUUUGGCCGGGCGGCCAGCUCUAGGAAGAGUCUUGGGUAUUCCAAACUUCUUCCAUUUAAGAAUGAUGGAGGCCACUGUGUUUUUAGGGACCAUCAAUGCUGCAGACAUUUUUUGGUACCCUUCCCCAGAUCUGUGCUUCUACACAAUCCUGUCUCUGAGCUCUACGGACAAUUCCUUCGACCUCAUGGCUUGCUUUUUGCUCUGACAUGCACUGUCAACUGUGGGUCAAUUGAAUUUACCACAGGUGGACUCCAAUCAUGUUGUAGAAACAGCUCAAGGAUGAUCAAUGGAAACAGGAUGCACCUGAGCUCAAUUUUGAGUCUCAUAGCAAAGGGUCUGAAUACUUAUGUAAAUAAGAUAUUUCUGUUUUUUAUUUUUAAUACAUUUGCAGAAAUGUCUAAAAACCUGUUUUCGCUUUGUCAUUAUGGGGUAUUGUGUGUAGAUUUAAAAUGAUAUAUUUAAGGCUGUAACGUAACAAAAUGUGGAAAAGGUCAAGGGGUCUGAAUACUUUAGAAAUGCGCUGUACUUUCCUGUAGGAUUUCCUGGGUUGGAGCAAAAGCCUGCAUGCCCUGUAGCUCCCCAGGAGGAGGGUUAACUUAGGGAGCAGUAACAGGUUGCUCCUCUUUCCCUCCUCCCUCCAGGUGGACACAGUGAAACGUCUGCUGAUCAAGAAGCUUCCUCCAGUGCUUGCCAUCCAGCUGAAGAGGUUUGACUACGACUGGGAAAGGGAGUGUGCCAUUAAGUUCAACGACUACUUUGAGUUCCCCAGGGAGCUGGACAUGGAGCCCUACACAGUAGCCGGGGUGGCCAAGCUGGAGGGGGACGACGUCAACCCAGAGAACCAGGUUAGGGAUGGCAUGAUGUAGAGAAAGAUUAUUACAUUAUUGGGUGUAGAAAUACGGAAGAAAUGUCCAUAUUUUCAUGUGUUCAUAAUGACGUAGUGGUCAUUAUCAUUUGAAAUAUUUGAUGUGAUUCAGAUGGGACCACAUUUAAAUGGAUGGGACCACAUUUAAACUGUCCCUUUUAAAUUAACCAAUUGUGGUUCACUUGAACAUCAAUUAUAGCGAUAAUUGCAGAUAUGGCGAUACACUGAAUUAUCGCGAGACUAAACCGAUCAUCCAUAUGGGUGUCCUGCCACCAGGUGAUCCAGCAGAACGAGCCCUCUGAUCCAGAGCCCCCGGGCAGCUCCAAGUACCGUCUGGUGGGGGUGCUGGUCCACUCAGGCCAGGCCAGCGGCGGACACUACUACUCCUACAUCACGCAGAGGAACGUGGGCGGGGCCGACGGCGAGCGUAACCGCUGGUACAAGUUUGACGACGGCGACGUGACAGAGUGCAAGAUGGACGACGAGGAGGAGAUGAAGAACCAGUGCUUCGGAGGGGAGUACAUGGGCGAGGUGUUUGACCACAUGAUGAAGAGGAUGUCGUACCGGCGCCAGAAGCGCUGGUGGAACGCCUACAUCCUCUUCUACGAGCGCAUGGACUCACUGGACAAGGACAGCGAGCUGAUCAAGUACAUCCAGGAGCUGACCAUCUCGUCCUCGUCCAACAACAAGCCGUCGCACCAGGUCAAGAUGCCCAAUGUGAUCGAGUGCAGCGUGCGCAAGCAGAACGUGCAGUUCAUGCACAACCGUAUGCAAUACAGCCUGGAGUAUUUCCAGUUUGUUAAGAAACUUCUGACCUGUAACAGUGUCUAUUUAAACCCUCCGCUAGGUACGUGGAACACACACACACACACACACACACACACACACACACAGGCUUCAAUAUACCUUCUUUUGAGUUCUAGAGCUAUUUUCAAGGCAGGUGUUGUUGAUGCUACACAGAGGUCUGUUUGUCUCCUUUGUUCCCUCUUGUUCUGGCCCUUGCUAUUCAUGGCUCUACGCUGACAUUUUUUUCACUGUAGAGCCCUUCUAUUGUGGUCAACCCAAGAAGAGAUUGCUUUCACUGUGAUCUGCUUUUGUCAUUUGUCCACUGUGAAUGGCCCAGCCUCACUCCUUAGUAUAGCUAGCUCUCAGCCCUGUUGCAGUAGCCCAAGUAGUGCCAUAACAAGGCUUUUUAUCACUGUAAUAGCGAUAGACUUUUGCCAUGCUUUAAUAGCUGAUAUUUUCAUUCCUUUCAAUAUUUAAUAAGAUAAAACAUUAUCUUACCACUAUUAAUACAGUAUUUGAGAUGCAUACAGUUUCACCCCUCCCUUGGAGAGUUGCAUAGAGAGGGAAAGUAUAUGAUGGCAGAGCUGAACAUUACAUUUGCUAACGGUAAACUGCAGCAAUUUCCUGACUUGUGAAGUUAAUAUGAGCCAAUGCAUUAUUAAUGCAGUCAGCCAGCCAGGCCAGGCCACAGUAUACUGCUGUCUGUCUGUCUGUCUGCACGGCAGGCACAGGGAAAUGAACUGACCACUGCAGGGUUAGCCAUCAGUGUAAAAGCACUUGGUUGGGAUUAAAUGCUUCAGCUCAUCAAUAAUGUAUGUAUGUGUAUGGGAUGGGGGGGGGGGGGGGCAACUCUUAUCGUUAAUGUCUCCAAUUUCAGCCUUUCAUUUAGGAGUAAGCAGCAGAUGAGAUCAUAGGACUCUGUUUAAACAGUGAGAUUCUGGUAUUGUGCUCCGGUGACUGACUCACGCAUUAACUCUGAAAUUGAAACUCCCUGUGUGGGGAAUAGGCUAGUCGCGCUCGAGUUUUCUUCAAUACCUUCAUAAUCCUUCACUCAUUUGCAUCCAGAGAGGAAACAUUCAUUUUCUUUUCUUUUUUUAUGACCAAGGUUUUUAUUUAAAUGUUCCAGUAGGAAGUUUGACGUUAAGUUGUGACUGAAGUCUGAACCAAUGUUUAUGUUGUGUGGUUGUAUCAGGACAAGACCAUCUACUGCCCGAGGCAGAGGAGAUAGCUAUGAUUAGUGUUCAGCUGGCUGCUAGGUUCCUCUUCAGCACUGGGUUCCACACCAAGAAAGUAGUGAGGGGGCCCGCCAGUGACUGGUGAGUUCUGUCGGUCUGUCUGACCUUUCAACCUUGACCUGUGCUCAUAUAUUGAGCGGAGUUAAUCAUCUUUCUGUUUUCUUAUUCUCUUUGUCUUCCUCCUCUCUCACAACUGUCUGUGCAUCUAUCCCUGUCUCCUCAGUCUCUCACUCUCUCUCCACUCUCCCUUGCCUCAUUCUCUCUCCAUCUGAAUCACCCCUCUUUCUCUAUCCAUUGAUGCAUCCCUCUUUCCCCUCUCCCCCUGUCUCUAACCACCGGUGUAUCUCUGUUUCUUUCUCCAUCUCCAGGUAUGAUGCGCUGUGCGUCCUGCUGAGACACAGUAAGAAUGUACGCUACUGGUUUGCACACAACAUCCUGUUUGCCUACGCCAACCGCUUCUCUGAGUACCUGCUGGAGUGCCCCAGCGCUGAGGUCAGGGGCGCGUUCGCCAAACUCAUCGUCUUCAUUGCACACUUCUCCCUUCAAGACGGACCCUGCCCCUCCCCCACCGCCUCCUCCGCCGGAGCCUCCACCCAACCACAGGUGAAUGACUGGUUGUCCUGGUCCUAAAAGACAAACUGGUGAAUGGCUGGUUAUCCUGAUCCUAAAACACAAACUGCCUAUCAGGCGGGGUGUUCAGUAUGCAUGAAACAGGAGAAAUGUUGUGAAACUGAGCAGUUACUACCUGGAAUUGUCAAAUAAUACAUUUGUCUCAUUUUCGGCUUCUGUUUUCAAAUGUUUCCCCUGUGUCGUGCAUACUGGGCAUGGCCCAUACAAAGCACUUUUACUCUGGUCUUAUGGAGUAUGUGUUAAACUUCUCUCUCUCUCUCUCUUUCGCUCUCCAUUUUCCCCUCUCUCUGUCAGGCGUGUGAUAACCUGAGUCUCAGUGACCACCUGUUGAGGGCUGUGUUGAACCUCCUCAGGCGAGAGGUGUCAGAGCACGGCCGACACCUGCAGCAGUACUUCAACCUCUUCGUCAUGUACGCCAACCUGGGUAAGGAACACGCACACAUCCUGUCAUGCACACCUGCUCUGACAACUCCUUGAUUGAUGGGGAGAGUGAAUGGCUCACUGGCAAUUCAUUCCACUUUAGUGGACAGCAAUGGACAGACAUAUUUCUCUUCUUGCCUCACUUUCUCCUUCUCGCCCACCCCCUCCCUCCCUCUCCCUCUCCCUCUCCCUCUCCCUCUCCCUCUCGCUCUCGCUCUCUCCCAACCUCCCUCCCUCUCUCUCUCUCCCCCGCCCUCCCUCUCUCUCUCUCCCCGCCCUCCCUCUCUCUCUCACCCUCCCUCCCACCCCUCUCACCCUCCCUCUCACCCUCCCUCCCGCCCCUCUCUCUCUCACCCUCCCUCCCGCCCCUCUCUCCCUCCCGCCCCUCUCUCUCUCCCACCCCUCUCUCUCUCCCGCCCUCCCUCUCUCUCCUCUCUCUCUCUCUCUCUCCCUCCCUCCCUACCCCUCUCUCUCCCUCCCUCCCCUCCCUCUCUCUCUCACCCUCCCUCCCGCCCCUCUCUCUCACCUCACUCCCUCCGCCCCUCUCUCUCACCCUCACUCCCCGCCCCUCUCCUCUCACCCUCCCUCCCCCCUCUCACUCCCUCCCUCUCCCCUCCCCUCACCCGCCCCUCUCUCUCUCUCCCCCCGCCCCCCCUCUCUCUCUCCCGCCCCCCUCCCCGCCCUCCCCUCUCUCUCCCCCCGCCUCCACUCUCUCCCCUCUCUCUCCAUCCUCUCGCCUCUCCUCUCUCUCUCUCUCUCCGUCCCUCCCUCUCCCUCAAUCGCCUCCUCCCUCCCCCCCUCUCACCCUCCCUCCCCCCCCUCUCCCCUCCCCCUCCCCCCCUCUCUCCCCUCCCCCCUCCCCCCCUUCCCUCUCUCUCACCCUCCUCCCUCCCCUCUCUCUCCCCUCCCUCCCUCCCCUCUCUCUCACCCUCCCUCCCUCCCCUCUCUCUCACCCUCCCCUCUCUCUCACCCUCCCUCCCGCCCCUCUCUCUCCCCACCCUCCCUCCCCUCUCUCCCACCCUCCCUCCCUCUCCCACCCUCCCUCCCGCCCCUCUCUCCCACCCUCCCUCUCUUCUCCAGGGCUGGCAGAGAAGACUCAGUUGUUGAAGCUGAGUGUCCCAGCUACCUUCAUGCUGGUGGCUCUAGACGAAGGACCCGGUCCUCCCAUAAAGUACCAGUAUGCUGAGCUGGGCAAGCUCUACACCGUGGUCUCCCAGCUGGUGCGCUGCUGUGACGUGGCCGCACGCAUGCAGUCGUCCAUCAACGGUGCGUUCACACAGAGGUCAGGGGUGGUGACCUCUGGUUCUCAGGGUUAACGGACGAAGACGAACCAGUAUCAGCUGGGUUGUAUUCAUUAGCCUUUUCUCAAUUGGAUACUCCUCUCUCCUAUCCAAUUGAGAAAAGGCCCUCAUCUCUUUCUCUCGGUCUCUUUGUCUCUCCCUCUUUUCUCUCUCUCUCUCUUAUCCAGGUAACCCCCCUCUCCCUAACCCGUACGGCGAUGCCAACCAGACCACCCCGGUGAUGCCUGUGCAGCAGCUGGUGGGAGAGAUCCUGUUUGUUAGGACCAGCUAUGUGAAGAAGAUCAUCGAGGACUGCAGCAACUCGGAGGAGACGGUCAAGCUGCUACGCUUCAGCUGCUGGGAAAACCCCCAGUUCUCCUCUACUGUACUGUCAGAGCUGCUCUGGCAGGUAAGGAUUAAAACUGGUGAAUCGCACACAGAUGGACACACAAACACACACACCAUUAUUUGCUCACACACACAUAAUAUGCACAUACAUUUAUACUGACUCUACACACACCCACUCACAUACAAUCAUCAUAUAUGCUGCUGCUACUCUGUUUAUCAUAUGUCCUGAUGCCUAGUCAUCUUACCUCUAUACAUAUCUACCUCAAAUCGAUCCAGUAUCCCUGCACAUUGUAAAUAUGGUACUCCAACUGACUGACCCUGUGUAUAUACACUGAACAAAAAUAUAAACACAACAUGUAAAGUGUUGGUCUCAUGUUUCUUGAGCUGAAAUAAAAGAUCACCGAAAUUUUCCAUAUGCGCAGAAAGCUUAUUUCUCUCAUAUUUUGUGCACAAAUCUGUUGACAUCCCUGUUAGUGAGCAUUUCUCUUUUGCCAAGAUAAUCCAUCCACCUGACAAGUGUUGCAUAUCAAGAAGCUGGGGACAAUAAAAGGCCACUCUAAAAUGUGCAGUUUUGUCACACAACACAAUGCCACAGAUGUCUCAUGUUUUGAGGGAGUGUGCAAUUGGCAUGCUGACUGCAGGAAUGUCCACCAGAGCUGUUGCUAGAUAAUUGAAUGUUCGUUUCUCUACCAUAAGCCACUUCCAACGUCGUUUUAGACAAUGUGGCAGUAUCUCCAGCCGGCCUCACAAUUGCAGACCACGUGUAACCACGCCAGCCCAGGACCUUCACAUCCUGCUUCUUCACCUGCGGGGUUGUCCAAGACCAGCCACCUGGACAGCUGAUGAAACUGAAUAAUUUCCCACUGUCGUGCCAUUCAUCCGCCACCAUCACCUCAUGUUUCAGCAUGAUAAUGCAAUGUCGCCAAGGAUCUGUACACAAUUCCUGGAUGCAAAAAAUCUCCCAGUUUUUCCAUGGCCUGCAUACUCACCAGACAUGUCACCCAUUGAGCAUGUUUGGGAUGCUCUGGAUCGACGUGUACGACAGCGUGUUCCAGUUCCUGCCAAUAUCCAGCAACUUGAAGGAGUGGGACAAUCAACAUCCUGAUCACCUCUAUGCAAAGGUGAUGUUGCGCUGCAUGAGGCAAAUGGUGGUCACACCAGAUACUGACUGAUCCACGCCCCUACCUUUUUCUUAAAGUUAUCUGUGACCAACAGCUGCAUAUCUAUAUUCCCAGUCAUGUGAAAUCCAUAGAUUAGGGCCUAAUGAAUUUAUUUCAAUUGACUGAUUUCCUUACAUGAACUGUAGCUCAGUAAAACCUUUGAAAUGAUUGCAUUUAUAUUUUUGUUCAGUGUAUUAUGCUUACUUACUCGUGUUAUUUUUAUUACUCAUAUGUUUUUGUUCUUCCUUAUAUUUGUUGUAUUACAUUGUUAUUGAUUACUGCAUUGUUGGGUUUGGAGCUUGCAAGAAAGGCAUUUAACUGUACUUGUGCACAUUACAUUAAAACUUGAAACACACACUAGACAGGUGUUUUAUACAGUUGAAGUCGGAAGUUUACAUACACCUUAGCCAAAUACAUUUAAACUCAGUUUUUCACAAUUCCUGACAUUUAAUCCUAGUAAAAAUUCCCUGUCUUAGGUCAGUUAGGAUCAACACUGAAAUUUCAGAAUAAUAGUAGAGCUUUUAUUUAUUUCAUCACAUUCCCAGUGGGUCAGAAGUUUACAUACACUCAAUUAGUAUUUGGUAGCAUUGCCUUUAAAUUGUUUAACUUGGGUCAAACAUUUCGGGUAGCCUUCCACAAGCUUCCCACAAUAAGUUGGGUGAAUUUUGGUCCAUUCCUCCUGACAGAGCUGGUGUAACUGAGUCACGUUUGUAGGCCUCCUUGCUUGCACACGCUUUUUCAGUUUUGCCCACAAAUGUUCUAUAGGAUUGAGGUCAGGGCUUUGUGAUGGCCACUCCAAUACCUUGACUUUGUUGUCCUUAAACCAUUUUGCCACAACUUUGGAAGUAUGCUUGAGGUCAUUGUCCAUUUGGAAGACCCAUUUGCGACCAACUUCCUGACUGAUGUCUUGAGAUGUUGUUUCAAUAUAUCCACAUAAUUUUCCUUCCUGAUAAUGCCAUCUAUUUUGUGAAGUGCACCAGUCCCUCCUGCAGCAAAUCACCCCACAGCAUGAUGCUGCCACCCCAGUGCUUCACGGUUGGGAUGGUGUUCUUCGGCUUGCAAGCGGUCCCCUUUUUCCUCCAAACAUAACGAUGGUCAUUAUGGCCAAACAGUUCUAUUUUUGUUUCAUCAGACCAAAGGACAUUUCUCCAAAAAGUACGAUCUUUGUCCCCAUGUGCAGUUGCAAACCGUAGUCAGACUUUUUUAAGGCGGUUUUGGAGCAGUGGCUUCUUCCUUGCUGAGCGGCCUUUCAGGUUAUGUUUUUAAAGGACUUGUUUUACUGUGGAUAUAGAUACUUUUGUACCUGUUUCCUCCAGCAUCUUCACAAGGUCCUUUGCUGUUGUUCUGAGAUUGAUUUGCACUUUUCGCACCAAAGUAUGUUCAUCUCUAGGAGACAGAACGCGUCUCCUUCCUGAGCGGCAUGACGGCUGCGUGGUCCCAUGGUGUUUAUAGUUGCGUACUAUUGUUUGUACAGAUUAACGUGGUACCUUCAGGCAUUUGGAAAUUGCUCCCAAGGAUGAACCAGACUUGUGGAGGUCUGAAAAACAAUUUCUGAGGUCUUUGUGAUUUCUUUUGAUUUUCCCAAGAAGUCAAGCAAAGAGACACUGAGUUUGAAGGUAGGCCUUGAAAUACAUCCACAAGUACACCUCCAAUUGACUCAAAUUAUGUCAAUUAGCCUAUCAGAAGCUUCUAAAGCCAUGUCAUCAUUUUCUGGAAUUUUCCAAGCUGUUUAAAGGCGCAGUCAACUUAGUGUAUGUAAACUUCUGACCCACUGGAAUUGUGAUACAGUGAAUUAUAAGUGAAAUAAUCUGUCUGUAAACAAUUUUUGGAAAAAUUACUUGUGUCCUAACUGACUUGCCAAAACUAUAGUUUGUUAACAAGAAAUUUGUGGAGUGGUUGAAAAAUGAGUUUGAAUGACUCCAACCUAAGUGUAUGUAAACUUCCGACUUCAACUGUAUGUGUAUAUACAGUGGGGAGAACAAGUAUUUGAUACACUGCCGAUUUUGCAGGUUUUCCUACUUACAAAGCAUGUAGAGGUCUGUAAUUUUUAUCAUAGGUACACUUCAACUGUGAGAGACGGAAUCUAAAACAAAAAUCCAGAAAAUCACAUUGUAUGAUUUUUAAGUAAUUAAUUUGCAUUUUAUUGCAUGGCAUAAGUAUUUGAUCACCUACCAACCAGUAAGAAUUCCGGCUCUCACAGACCUGUUAGUUUUUCUUUAAAAGCCCUCCUGUUCUCCACUCAUUACCUGUAACUGCACCUGUUUGAACUCGUUACCUGUAUAAAAGACACCUGUCCACACACUCAAUCAAACAGACUCCAACCUCUCCACAAUGGCCAAGACCAGAGAGCUGUGUAAGGACAUCGGGGAUAAAAUUGUAGACCUGCACAAGGCUGGGAUGGACUACAGGACAAUAGGCAAGCAGCUUGGUGAGAAGGCAACAACUGUUGGCGCAAUUAUUAGAAAAUGGAAGAAGUUCAAGAUGACGGUCAAUCACCCUCGGUCUGGGGCUCCAUGCAAGAUCUCACCUCGUGGGGCAUCAAUGAUUAUGAGGAAGGUGAGGGAUCAGCCCAGAACUACACGGCAGGACCUGGUCAAUGACCUGAAGAGAGCUGGGACCACAAUCUCAAAGAAAACCAUUAGUAACACACUACGCCGUCAUGGAUUAAAAUCCUGCAGCGCACGCAAGGUCCCCCUGCUCAAGCCAGCGCAUGUCCAGGCCCGUCUGAAGUUUGCCAAUGACCAUCUGGAUGAUCCAGAGGAGGAAUGGGAGAAGGUCAUGUGGUCUGAUGAGACAAAAAUAGAGCUUUUUGGUCUAAACUCCACUCGCCGUGUUUGGAGGAAGAAGAAGGAUGAGUACAACCCCAAGAACACCAUCCCAACCGUGAAGCAUGGAGGUGGAAACAUCAUUCUUUGGGGAUGCUUUUCUGCAAAGGGGACAGGACGACUGCACCGUAUUGAGGGGAGGAUGGAUGGGGCCAUGUAUCGCGAGAUCUUGGCCAACAACCUCCUUCCCUCAGUAAGAGCAUUGAAGAUGGGUUGUGGCUGGGUCUUCCAGCAUGACAACGACCCGAAACACACAGCCAGGGCAACUAAGGAGUGGCUCCGUAAGAAGCAUCUCAAGGUCCUGGAGUGGCCUAGCCAGUCUCCAGACCUGAACCCAAUAGAAAAUCUUUGGAGGGAGCUGAAAGUCCGUAUUGCCCAGCGACAGCCCUGAAACCUGAAGGAUCUGGAGAAGGUCUGUAUGGAGGAGUGGGCCAAAAUCCCUGCUGCAGUGUGUGCAAACCUGGUCAAGACCUACAGGAAACGUAUGAUCUCUGUAAAUGCAAACAAAGGUUUCUGUACCAAUUAUUAAGUUCUGCUUUUCUGAUGUAUCAAAUACUUAUGUCAUGCAAUAAAAUGCAAAUUAAUUACUUAAAAAUCAUACAAUGUGAUUUUCUGGAUUUUAGAUUCCGUCUCUCACAGUUGAAGUGUACCUAUGAUACAAAUUACAGACCUCUACAUGCUUUGUAAGUAGGAAAACCUGCAAAAUCGGCAGUGUAUCAAAUACUUGUUCUCCCCACUGUAUAUAUAUAUAUAUAUAAAUAUAUAAAUAAACCCCCAGUAAUCUUCAACAUACUCAAAUCAGAUUUGUAUUGGUCACAUACACGUGUUUAGCAGAUGUUAUUGCGGGUGUAGCGAAAUGCUUGUGGAAAUAAUACAUUAAAAAAACAAAAUACUGCAAAGUUUCCUAAGAGCUAGAAGCAAGGCAGCCAUUUUAACUCAAUUGAGUUGCUCUGACAGGUAAUAACAACCUCAGGCCCCAUAUACCCCAGUGUGCAGCCAACACUAUUAGAAAACUAGAUCUCAGAAGCCCUUGGUCUCGUCCUCUAACUCCCAAGUGGUGUUUUUCAUAUGUCUGUGUUAGAUCUUAUUGAUAGUGUGUGUUUUGUUAUCCCCCAGGUGGCGUACUCCUACACCUACGAGCUGAGGCCUUACCUGGACCUGCUGCUGCAAAUCCUGCUCAUCGAGGAUUCCUGGCAGACACACAGGUACGUCAUACUCAGGAGACAGACUCCUGGCAGACACACGGGUACGUCAUACUCAGGAGACAGACUCCUGGCAGACACACGGGUACGUCAUACUCAGGAGACAGACUCCUGGCAGACACACGGGUACGUCAUACUCAGGAGACAGACUCCUGGCAGACACACGGGUACGUCAUACUCAGGAGACAGACUCCUGGCAGACACACGGGUACGUCAUACUCAGGAGACAGACUCCUGGCAGACACACGGGUACGUCAUACUCAGGAGACAAACUCCUGGCAGACACACGGGUACGUCAUACUCAGGAGACAGACUCCUGGCAGACACACGGGUACGUCAUACUCAGGAGACAGACUCCUGGCAGACACACGGGUACGUCAUACUCAGGAGACAGACUCCUGGCAGACACACGGGGACAUUAUCAUGUCUUUGCUCCUCACUUUGGUCUGGGAAAGGUCACACAGUGGACGCAGGGUUUUGUCCCAAUCUAGUGCCAACACAUCUGAUUCGACUCAUCAGACUGCUUCAGGUCUCUUAGUGCUGGGCUGGGACAAAACCCUGCACACACUGUGGCCCUCUAGGACUAGGAAUGGCCGGUUUCCCUGGUUGGUGUUUCCUCUCUGGCUUAUUUUUUCUGUGUUGUUGUGAGCCAACCUCAUCCCUGUUAUAUCUGAUGUGUAACUGACCUCCCUCUCUCCCUGUCUGUCUGCGUAGGAUCCACAACGUGCUGAAGGGUAUACCAGACGACAGGGACGGCCUGUUUGACACCAUCCAGCGCUCCAAGAACCACUACCAGAAACGGGCCUACCAGUGUAUCAAGUGCAUGGUGGCCCUCUUCAGCAGCUGCUCUGUGGCAUACCAGAUACUACAGGUAAACCAGUGACGACACUAUGCACUAGACCACAUGUCAAACUCAAGUCCGAUCCGACCCAAGAGACGAUUAAAUCUGGCCCGCAGGUGGUUUGAGUAAACAUGUUUUUGAAAAAAUGAAAUCCACAUUUCAGGAUUCAUAAUUGCAAUGCAAGGAAAAAGUCAUUCAUAAGCACUCUUACUAAUGGUGUGUGUCUCUCUCUCUGUAGAGUAACGGGGACCUGAAGCGUAAGUGGACGUGGGCGGUGGAGUGGCUGGGGGAUGAGCUGGAGAGGAGGCCCUACACAGGGAACCCCCAGUACACCUACAACAACUGGUCUCCCCCCGUCCAGAGCAACGAGACCUCCAACGGGUACUUCCUGGAGCGCUCGCACUCUGCACGCAUGACCCUGGCCAAGGCCUGCGAACUCUGCCCCGAGGAGGUAACACUCGCACCAAAUGAUGCGCACACACACACGCACUAUACAACACACAUGCAUACAACCCAAAGGUAAUACACUAAUAUCUAACAUGGAUGCGUGACUGAAAUGGUAGUAGUGAAAGGUCAGUAUUGAUAGUCUCAGAGAAUGUCUUUUGGGAAGGAUGCACCAUUUCAAUAUUGGUGGUUUUUACCUACAGAGUCAAAGUAAUGUGGAAACAAGGAGCUUGCCUGUAAUACUAGUUUUAAUGAAUUUGUUAAACAGAGUAGUGUUGGUUAUAUUGAAUCUCAUGCAGCAAUACAUAAACUAUACUAUUUUCUUCCUCGUGAUGUGGGGUUAACAUGUUGAUGAUAACCAUCUGGUCUUCCACUCUUCUCGUGUUUCAAGUUCUUCAAGUGUUAGGUGUUGUAGUUGUACUAUCAAAUAUACUGGAACUGAAUGCUUUUAAAGCUCAAGUUGAGAGUUCCAAGCUAACACUAAGGUUCUUUUAGAAAGCCGUUAUCUGCUGGAAUAUGAUUUCUUAGUUAUUUUUGGAAUCUUCAGAAUUUGUGCGUGUUUUUACUGUAGGUAGGGCUUUUUGAGUUUUUGAAAAUGUUAAUUUCCAGUUUACACACCCCAUGGUGUAUACACAUUUUAAGCUAACAUGUUGAUACGUAUUAUAUAUUACUUUUUCCUAUUAAUUCCCUUAUUUGUGUUAGUCUCCUUUGCUGAAGCUCAGUGUACAUUACAAUGUUUAGCCGUAUUAAUCCUUACCAUAAAUGGCGAUAUGAUAGAAAUUAUAUAUGCUAACGUUACUUAAAAGAAAAAAAAUCCACCUUAAAGCAUAGUUUAUUGACACUUGUAUAUAUUAUGCAAUGAUAUCAAUUAUGCCAUUUCAAACUAGUGUCACUUAACGAAGCCCGGUGAGGCCGAGUCUGAAGACGACGCUGCCGUGCGGAAAUCAUCCUCGCCACAGCAGCUUUUGCCAGGGGAAGGGACAGGACCUCAGCAACACACUGUAAGCCCUCACAAGCCCCUGGCAACCUCUGCCACAAGCCCCUGGCAACCUCCUCCUCCAGUCUGUCCCCUCUCUAGGUGUUCUAUACAGGGCUAUGUUAGUGGUGUCUGUCCUCUCUAGGUGUUCCAUACAGGGCUAUGUUAGUGGUGUCUGUCCUCUCUAGGUGUUCCAUACAGGGCUAUGUUAGUGGUGUCUGUCCCCUCUCUAGGUGUUCUAUACAGGGCUAUGUUAGUGGUGUCUGUCCUCUCUAGGUGUCUAUACAGGGCUAUGUUAGUGGUGUCUGUCCUCUCUAGGUGUCUAUACAGGGCUAUGUUAGUGGUGUCUGUCCUCUCUAGGUGUCUAUACAGGGCUAUGUUAGUGGUGUCUGUCCUCUCUAGGUGUUCCAUACAGGGCUAUGUUAGUGGUGUCUGUCCUCUCUAGGUGUUCCAUACAGGGCUAUGUUAGUGGUGUCUGUCCUCUCUAGGUGUUCCAUACAGGGCUAUGUUAGUGGUGUCUGUCCUCUCUAGGUGUUCCAUACAGGGCUAUGUUAGUGGUGUCUGUCCUCUCUCUAGGUGUUCCAUACAGGGCUAUGUUAGUGGUGUCUGUCCUCUCUAGGUGUUCCAUACAGGGCUAUGUUAGUGGUGUCUGUCCUCUCUAGGUGUUCCAUACAGGGCUAUGUUAGUGGUGUCUGUCCUCUCUAGGUGUUCCAUACAGGGCUAUGUUAGUGGUGUCUGUCCUCUCUAGGUGUUCCAUACAGGGCUAUGUUAGUGGUGUCUGUCCUCUCUAGGUGUCUAUACAGGGCUAUGUUAGUGGUGUCUGUCCUCUCUAGGUGUUCCAUACAGGGCUAUGUUAGUGGUGUCUGUCCUCUAGGUGUUCCAUACAGGGCUAUGUUAGUGGUGUCUGUCCUCUCUAGGUGUUCCAUACAGGGCUAUGUUAGUGGUGUAUGUCCUCUCUAGGUGUCUAUACAGGGCUAUGUUAGUGGUGUCUGUCCUCUCUAGGUGUCUAUACAGGGCUAUGUUAGUGGUGUCUGUCCUCUCUAGGUGUUCCAUACAUGGCUAUGUUAGUGGUGUCUGUCCUCUCUAGGUGUCUAUACAGGGCUAUGUUAGUGGUGUCUGUCCUCUCUAGGUGUUCCAUACAGGGCUAUGUUAGUGGUGUCUGUCCUCUCUAGGUGUUCCAUACAGGGCUAUGUUAGUGGUGUCUGUCCUCUCUCUAGGUGUUCCAUACAGGGCUAUGUUAGUGGUGUCUGUCCUCUCUAGGUGUUCCAUACAGGGCUAUGUUAGUGCUGUCUGUCCUCUCUAGGUGUUCCAUACAGGGCUAUGUUAGUGGUGUCUGUCCACUAGCACAGUGACACUGUGAGAAUAGCCUGGGCAGUAGGACCAACACAGACAGACAGUCUGGAGCAUAGGAGCUGGACAAUAACAGAUAGCAGUGACAAGCUGGUCAGAUAUCCGUCCGCUCGGCUGUUUUGCGUGCUGCUCACAACAGUGAUUUUGUGAUGAAAGUUGGUGAUAGUGCAAAUGUUUUGACCGUCAUGGUCUUUGGGAAACCUAUAGCCCAUUCUCAGUAUCCAGUGACUGACAAAGCAGCCAACUCCAGGUUCCUAAUAGGCAGGAGAGAUAGAGCUGAGGGCAUCCUAGUAUAGAGAAUUAAAGAUCCCUAUGAUUAUCCAUAAUAUAGAGCCAACCCCACCUAAAUCCAACAUGUCAAUUGUAACGUUGAACCAUCGCCAAACAUUACAAUAAAAAUCAAACUGUGAGCCGCAAACAUUUCCUCUUUACAGUCCAGUAGCAGUGUCCCACUGGUUACCUAAAGCAACACGGAAUUCCUGGCUUCCCUUUAGUUCAGUUGGUCCUCCAUCUUUAAUGUAACACUGUUUAUCCAAUCAAGCUGUUUGUUCCACCUCCCCAAAGCAAACUAAAACUCUUGGCCAUGGCUAUAGUGGAUGAUGAAGUGCUAGCCUAGGGUUGGAUUUGUAGUGUACUUAUUGGAAUGUGUUCAAGUGAUGAUAAAUUAAAAUAAAUUGGUCAUUUAGCAGACGCUCUUAUCCAGAGCGACUUACAGGAGCAAUUAGGGUUAAGUGCCUUGCUUAAGGGCACAUCGACAGGUUUUUCACCUAGUCGGCUCGGGGAUUAGAACCAGCGACCUUUCGGUUACUGGCACAACGCUCUUAACCACUAAGCUACCUGCCGCCCCUAUGAUGUUGUUCUGUUGAGACUAGGUCGGUACAUAGGGGAAACCUGUGGUUUGUGUGUCAGCCAUUUAAAUUGCAUGUGUUCAUAUUGUUUCUAGUCAACAGGACUAGUUCACAUCUUAUUAUUGAUCGUUUCAAUCAGAAACAUCACCUUGAAUAGUUAAUUGUAACUACCCGUAAAACCAAUUUUAUAACUAUCUGGAGAGAAAGAAGGGCUAGAUGCCUUAGGACCACAACGCUAAUUGACGACAGGCAGCACCUACUUUACCCACAGGUUAUUGUAGGUUUACGAUAGGCUUGUGUUAUCAUGAAUCUAGCCCCUCCACAGACUAACACACAGGCUGUUCUCUAGUUGGUCUGUUCAGAUGUUGUAAUGUGUUCUAGAUGUUGUCAGUCUGUCUUUAUGAGCAGACUGAAUCAUACAGACAAACGGCCAGUUGAUCUGAUUGGUCCCAGCACAAAGAUGCUAAGAUGGUAACGCUGGCAUAACCGCCACGGAACUCUCAUGGAUGGAACACACUGAAAGUAGAAAUCCCUCUGUUUUUCUCUGAACAGAGGAUCCAGUGCAUUUCCAUCUAGUGUUUUCCCCAGCAAAUUAACCCAUAUCAACAUUAUUUACAUUUUACAUUUUAGUCAUUUAGCAGACACUCUUAUCCAGAGUGACUUACAGUUAGUGAGUGCAUACAUGAUUUAUAUUUUAUUUUUCAUACUGGCCCCCCGUGGGAAUCGAACCCACAACCCUGGCGUUGCAAACGGCAUGCUCUACCAACUGAGCUACAUCCCUGCCGGCCAUUCCCUCCCCUACCCUGGACGACGCUGGGCCAAUUGUGCGCCGCCCCAUGGGUCUCCCGGUCGCGGCCGGCUACGACAGAGCCUCUAGUGGCACAGCCUUAGACCACUGCGCCACUCGGGAGAAAGUCUCUGGCCCCCGUCCCUUAGAUGUUACACUAUAUAUACAAAAGUAUGUGGACACCCCUUCAAAUUAGUGGAAUUGGCUAUUUCAGCCACACUCGUUACUGACAGGUGUAUAAAAUCGAGCACACAGCCAUGCAACCUUACUGAAGAGCUCAGUGACUUUCAACGACAUAGGAUGCCACCUUUCCAACAAGUCAGUUCGUCAAAUUUCUGCCCUGCCAGCGCUGCCCCGGUCAAUUGUAAGUGCUGUUAUUGUGAAGUGGAAACAUCUAGGAGCAACAACGGCUCAGCCGCAAAGUGGUAAGCCACACAAGCUCACAGAACUGGACCGCCGAGUGCUGAAGCGCGUAAAAAUCGUCUCUCCUUGGUUGCAACACUCACUACCGAGUUCCAAACUGCCUCUGGAAGCAACGUCAGCACAAUAACUGUUAGUCAGGAGGUUCAUGAAAUGGGUUUCCAUGGCAGAGCAGCCGCACACAAGCCUAAGAUCACCAUGCGCAAUGCCAAGCGUCGGCUGGAGUGGUGUAAAACUCGCCGCCAUUGGCUGGAGUGAUGAAUCACGCUUCACCAUCUGGCAGUCCGACGGACUAAUCUGGUUUUGGUGGAUGCCAGGCGAAUGCUACCUGCCCGAAUGGCUAGUGCCAACUGUAAAGUUUGGUGGAGGAGGACUAAUGGUCUGGGGUUGUUUUUCAUGGUUCGGGCUAGGCCCCUUAGUUCCAGUGAAGGGAACUCUUAACGCUACAGAAUACAAUUACAUUCUAGGCGAUUCUGUGUUUCCAACUUUGUGGCAACAGUUUGGGGAAGGCCCUUUCCUGUUUCAGCAUGACAAUGCCCCCGUGCAUAAAGCGAGGCCCAUACAGAAAUGCUUUGUCAAGAUCGGUGUGGAAGAAAUUGACUGGCCUGCACAGAGCCCUGACCUGUGCUGAACCUCAUCGAACUACUUUGGGAUUAAUUGGAACGUCGACUGCGAGCCAGGCCUAAUCGCCCAACAUCAGUGCCCGACCUCACUAAUGCUCUUGUGGCUGAAUGGAAGCAAGUCCCCGCAGCAAUGUUCCAACAUCUAGUGGAAAGCCUUCCCAGAAGAGUGGAGGCUGUUAUAGCAGCAAAGGGUGGACCAACUCCAUAUUAAUGCCCAUGAUUUUGGAAUGAGAUGUUCGAUGAGCAGGUGUCCACAUACUUUUGGUCAUGUAGUGUACAUGGAAACGUGAUCUCAUUAGAGCAUGUCUCCCACCACGCUGUGGAGAAUAACACCCACUCGCAUAAUAAAGUACAUUUUAGAUUUAUACCUCCCUCAGUUGAUAUUACAACAUCCAAAGCUGUCACACACUCCUACACAGCGUGUCACUCACUUCCUUCUCAUUCAGUUCAAAUAGGCAAAAAUAGGACAACGUUCCCAUCCAGUGCAAAGGCAUAUUCAUAUUAAGAGACUUUGGUCUGCUAUUGGGCCCAUAGGCUUGAGUUGUGUAUGAAUGUUAGGUUGAAAAAUGCAUUGGGAAUAAAAUGGUGCAAAUCUUUUGACUUCAUUUCCCAGGAGCCCGAUGACCAGGAAGCCUCUGAAGAUCAGGACACCUCCCCUCCAGAGGACACCUCCCUCUACCCACACUCAUCUCCUGGGACGACCACACAGUUUCAGCAGGUACACACACACGAUACUGUAGAGGCAGCGUUAUCCUGCAACUAUUUACUAUCCCUGGAAACGGAGGCUUCUAAACUAAUGAAGGACCUAAUACAGGUCAUGACAGACAUUUUGUCAGAAGUUCCAUAUUACAUCAGUAGUUUUACUAAAAACCUAAUUGUUUUCUCAUUCCUCCGCAGAACAACCACCCCCAGGGACAGCCAUACACAGGCCCCGCUGCCCAGCUCAUGAACAACCCCCAUCACCUUGGCCCUGCCCCUUCCUCUACCCCAGGCCCUGACCCCAGCACAGGCACAGGCCCAGGCCCAAGAGCACAAGAAAACUGGGAGAGCACUGAGGAGGUCCCGCCCGCCUCCACCACCCAGGCCCCUACCUCGCCUAAGGAGUAACACCAGCCCUCCCCUCUGCUGUGCCUCCAGCCUCCUGCUCUCUCUUUCCUCUCCCCUCCAGGUGACCGACCAAGCAACUGAUCGGGACACUCUCUCUCUGGGGUCUCCAGGGCAGGGCCAGGCUUCACAGCUCCUCUCCAGGCCCCCCUGAAUCUCUCCUGCUACUGUGCUGCCUGCCUGGGGGGUGGGCUCUCCCCGGGGGGGGCUCUCCCCUCGGUUCUUCUGCCCUGCAUACUGGAGCCUGGUUGCUGUCGACUGCAGAGGGGGAGUGGAUAGUGUUA